CACACGAGGAGGAGGAAAGGACCAAAGGGACAGAUUCUGUUUGUUCUGUUGGAGAAGAAAGAGGAAGAUCAAAGCAAAUAAAAUCAGCCAGUAUGUUUGAAUUCUCCUGAACAUACUGGCUGCGGUGGUAUUUACCACCUGCUCUUAAAGGUAUAAUCCUGCCUUCCACAACCUUGUGUUCUUCAGAUGUUUUGGACUACAACUACAACCACCAUCCCAACUACUGGUCAUGAUUGGGGCUCAUGGGAAUUGGAGUCUGACAGCAUUACCAAAGCUGAUUAGUACUAUGCCACAACACUCUUUUUUUUAGAGAGAGAAAUAGAAUGAAAAAUACUGACAGAAGGGGGAUAAAAAGUGGGGCACCUUUUUGGCAUCCAUCUGUCUUGGGAAUCAGUGGAAGAGUGUGCCUUUGGGGAGUGAAGUCAAACCAUUUGAGAGUUACAGUGACUAAUAUGGGAGAGACAUGUUUUGGGGCAGUUGGGGCAGAUGAGGGCAUCCAGUUGUGCUGCUAUAGGUGCACCGUGACAUUUAUUCUCUCUCUGCUCCUCCCAGCUGUCAUUCAUCCUCUGGUCACUGCUGUGGAUACACAGCCUGUCUCCAGGUACUGUGGUCAUCUACAAGGGAUUCCCACACAGUGGGGUUAAGGUUGUCAGCCUUCACAUCCCAUUUGCAGACACAAUGGCCUUGUGCCUGAAGCCAGCUCCAUGAAGAGCAGGUCCUUGAGGAUCCUGCCAUCUUUCAUUCUGUGGACAUGGCCAAUCCAGUGUACACGUCACUGAGACAGUAGAAAAAGAAGAAGAGUUUGGAUUUGAUAUCCCGCCUUUCACUCCCCUUCAGGAGUCUCAAAGCGGCUAACAUUCUCCUUUCCCUUCCUCCCCCACAACAAACACUCUGUGAGGUGAGUGGGGCUGAGAGACAUCAAAGAAGUGUGACUAGCCCAAGGUCACCCAGCAGCUGCAUGUGGAGGAGUGGAGACGCGAACCCAGUUCCCCAGAUUACGAGGCUACCACUCUUAACCACUACACCACACUGGCUCUCGCCAGUAGUGUGAGCCUGCUGGGAAUGUGGGCUUGGGAAACUUUGUGAUCUUUGUUUGAGACUCUGUCCUGCCAUGUGAUGCCCAAAAUCUUUGUGAUGCAGUGCAUGUGGAAAGUGAUGAGACGUCAUUCCUGGCAAGUGUAAGUUCCCCAUGUUUCUCUGUAAUAAAGCAGCAUGAUCAACAUGCAAGCCUAGUAGACCUUCAUCUUGGUCAUUCUCCCAUACCCUUUUGGAGAGGCAUUGUCAUAGCUGCCUUGCCAAUAUGCUUGUCCAGCUCAGUGUCAAUGGAGAGGUUGUUGGUUAUGGUAGAGCUUAAGUAGAAAAAAAUUGUCUACCACCUCAAGCAUGUGGUCACCAAUGUUGAUGUGUGGACUGCUAUGGGAGGAGGUAAAAUAAUUUAUAAAGUAUGAAAUUAAAGGAGGGUUUCCUGUUGCAGUUUGGGAGUUGAAGGUGAGUCUGGAAAGAUUGAAGGCACUACUCUAGCCAAGGCAGAAGAUGGAAGUAACACUCUUCAGGCUUUACCCUGGUACAAAUAAUCAAGUCUGAGCUAUACUUCCCCAAAGAUGCUCAAGCGUAGUAUUUGAUGCAUCAGCUGAAAAGUUUCCCAUGGCUGUGUAACAGUUUUGUGGUUUGGAUCUAACGCACAGGCAGGGUUGGAAUAGAUCCCUAAGUAUUAUUCAAGAUCAAUGCAAUGGAAGAGUUUAGACGGGUACAAUUUGCUGUUGUCACAGUGUGAGACCAGCUGAAUGCCUCAGUCUGCCAAGCAACUUUUUCAUGCACAGGAUCCCCCAUCUAGGGCAGGGAUUUGUGCAAAGUGAAACACAGCCAAUUCCUCUUUAGAAAGCUUGCCUUGCGUUAAGCCUAUUGCAGCAUUAGUUCAGUUGGUUCAGAUCUGCUCUGUGAAUCUAAAAAACAUAAAUUCAAUUUCUUUGUUCUUCUAGUAUUAAUGUAUUUAUGUAAACACAUGUUUCUUCCAGGGAGCCGUGCGAUUGCAGGUCUUUUCUCUCUCCUGAUUAAGGAUUUGGAUUUAAAUUACUAUAAUAUUAACAAAUACGGUGAAAUAUUUAAAUGUUUCUCAUGUGCUAAACAGCCUGCUUUCAGAGCUAUGUUUAUGCACAUCUGCCUGGUGUCAACUGAGUAAUAAAUUACCACUUGCAAAUUAUGUGCAAAUCACCAGUUUGUGUACACACCACAUCCAAAGUAAGUUCGGUAAACUUCAUUUCACCUUCAACAGCAACAAUUUUUAUACUCUUAUGGCUACAGGCAAUCGUAUCAGCUUAGGUUACAUGGGAGUUUCAUAGUUCUUGAUGGAUUGUGACAAUUGUCUAGAUCGAAUUUCAGCAUGUAGUGAUGACACCACAUAAUACUGGUCUUGAAGAAUCCACACUGCUGGCCUAUAUGCUUCUGAACCCAAUUCAAGGUGUUAACACUGACAUAUAAAGCCCUAAGAAAACAUGUUCUCCAGCUACCAACCUGUUCAUGCAUUAAGGUCAACUGGGAACCCCCUUCUUGUGGUCCCACCACCAGGAAAAAUGCAUGGUUUGGUAUGAGAAGUGGUCUUCAUUGGUGGCACUCUAUCUCUGGAAUGCCUUCCCAUUCAUCAAUCAUCUGGCACCAAUUGAGUCAUUAGGUUUUGGUGCUGCUUAAAGACACAUCUUUUUUUUCUAUUCAGGCUUUUGGAAGAAGGCAAUAUAUGGCUAGUAGCUAUGAGUUUCCUUGCUAUAUUGUUAUAGAUUAUGCUAUGAAUUGUUUUUAAAUUGUUGUUUUGUGUUUAGAGCUGUAAUCAAUAUGAUGAACGGCAGGUUCAUAAGUUGAAUAUUCCCUUUGUCUUUAUGAUGCGGAAGAAUCGGUCCUCUGUGUCUGUGUUGCCAAGAGGCAGUCAGAUCUCUUGCUAGAUCAUCGGACACCCUCUUUAUUAAACUGAAAACAAGGAUUGUGAUAAAAGUCAUGCUGUGUGAUUUAUUAUUAUUACUUCUAAUACAUCACACUCAUGUGUAAAUGAACGUGCAGGCUAUUUCCAAGCAAUGUUUUCUUGUGAAGUUGGAAUAAAAUAAAAGGGGUGUGUUUGUGUGGCACCACCACUUUUAGACUUCCUAAACCUCAUGGUAUGCAUAAUAUCAUACAUUCAUUUGAAAUCAUUUUGCCUUCCCUUCUGAUAUAGUAAAUGAUGCAUAGCUCAUUAGUUAAUUGUGCUUGCAUUCAGCAAGCAUUGAGGAGAUUUUUGGCUGCGGCUUGUAACUCCUGCAAUUCUGAUUCAGAUGUGUGGAGAGUGGAACUCUCACAUCCCAACAUCCCAUCCCAUGCGCGAGUGACUUGUCGUGUUCUGCUCUGGAGUGCAAACAUUGUUCCAAGACAGUUACCUGCAUCUUGCCCCUUGAGCUCAAAGGUGCUUCUACAAAAAUUAAAGUCGCAGGGAUCUUUGAAGAAAGCUUUUAAUCCAAGAUCAGAAGUGGGAUGAGGGCUUUUUUCCCCUUUUAAAAAGUAUGGAGGUGAUGUAUUCUUGGGGUGUGUGUAUGUCUCAGUUAUCUCUUCGCUCCUGCUUUAUUUGGGGGCACACUGUAGUUUGUGUUUUACUGAUUCACCUGUUGGGUGUGGGGUACUGUGUAGAGUAUCCUGUCUUUGAUUAAAUGGCCUAUUCCAUUCCAGUCCUGUGAACAUAUAAAGAAGGUGUGUGCUUUGUAGGAUAAGUACCUAACAUGUAGAAAUCGAAAAUACAAUUUCUGCAUCGGUCUCUUGGUGCCUUUUUAUUUCUGAUCUUGUCUGGAAGAUCUAUGGAUUGUGUCUUCCUUUAUGUUGGGCGAUAAAGAGAACAGUGCUUACAAAUAAAUCACUGGUGAUUCAGAGCUCUUGCUCCUGUGAUGCGUACUUUAUACCUUGUUAGAUUUGAAAUUAGCUAGCUAUUACUGCUCAGGUACAAGAUUCCUAAGUCAUUGUUGAUAGGUCUCUGAAAUAAUCAACUCUGUGUUUCCAAAGGCAGGAUUGAGCGUUAAGAGACAGAAUGAAGUGGAAAAUGUCAAUCCUCAUCAACGAUGUCUGAAUGCCUUUAUAAAAACCAGUUGUGUUAUCAUAUCUCAAAGCAUCUUUAAUUAAAUUUUAAAAUUGGGCUCAAGAGUCCCUGAUCCCCCUAGGUUCGUGCAUGACUUUAAACAGUCAUGGCUUCCGUCAAAGUAUCCUGGGAGCUGUAGUUUGUUAAGGGUGCAGAGAGUUGUUAGGAGACCCUGUUCCCCCUCAAACAGCUACAAUUUUCAGAGUGGUUAAACAGUCAUUCCUUCUUUCCAGGGAACUCUGGGAAUUGUAGCUUUGUGAGUAGAAUAGGGGCUUCCUAACAACUCUCAGAACAAACUUGGUUUAAACGAAAUUAUGUUUAGUUUCCAUUAAAAUUUGGUUUCCAUUAAAAUUAUUAGUAAAAUUGUAGCUAACCUAUUCCUUUUUCAACAUGUAAAUAAAACCAGCAGUUUUUAAAUAAUUUCAUAUUAAAAAAUAUCUCACAUUUACAUCACUUGGGUAGGCUUGCUUAAACACUACAGUAAUCACACCUGCCUAAUAUCACUGGACAGUGAGUCCAAAAUGUUGGUGCUGUUACCGGAAGGGCGGAUUCCUUGCAGGUGUGGAAUAAACAUUAUGUGGUGCUCAUAGUCAUGUAUAUGUAAUAUUUUUUAUGUGUAAUAUUUCAGAACUCUAUGGUGAGAUGGCUUCCCAGGGUUAAUAUUGGGAUUCAUGGCUUAGCUUUCAUUUCGGCACUUGCAUUGAAUAACUCACUUAAAUUCCAUAUAAAUGGUUGAAGCUGUGAGUCCUAUUCAUAUAACGUACAUUGAGCUCAUAUUCACCUUGCCCUCAUCACAGCCCUUUCAAUGUAUAUUCAACGCUUCACAAAUCUUUGGUUGUUGGGGAACGGCUUAGUCAUAAUGACUCCAUUUGACACCUGACCUCAGACUUUAGCUAUUUGAUCAGAAGUACCUGCAGGUAUAUAGAGUGUGUGUCUGAGUUGAUUGUAACACAUCUCCUUCCUUUGGAUCAGAAGUGACUAGGCCAGGAAAUUGCUGUAGCAGAAAGGAGGCGAGGAGAAUGCUGUUAAGCUCUUGACUCUGGCUGCCUCAGAAAUGUAAUUGUUGUUGGUGGUUCUUCUGGGCUAGAUAACCUCACGCUAAUACAGGCCUCCAUUUGCCCCUUGUUGGAUGUGCUGAAUUGUAUACAGUAUAUGCAUGUACAGAACACAAACCUUUCCAAGAAAAAUCAGUAUAGGUGAAUUGGUCCUAAGAAUGAUUGCACCAUUGCCAUUCAGAGGACAUUGCGUCCAGUCCCUUUAUCGUGAAUCACUGAUUCAUGAGAAUGAUGUGAACCAUGUUCCAUAAUUAAAUGAGAGAAAAAGAAACAUAAAUUGUUAUUAGUCGUUCAGUAAAUUUCAUGUGCCCUAGUUCGGCUUCUCACCAUCAGCUAAUUGAUAUGCAGAUGUAUGUAUGGUGAGAUGAACAAGGAUUUAUGAGGUUAGAUCCAGAGUAAGUUCUUUGCACUCAGCUCCUCUCUUGAUAGAGUUUUUAAUGUAGAGAUUAGUAUUAAGAAGUUGGUAACUUAGGGGCUUGUGCUAAGGUAACAUGACCCAGGCAGUUGCAAAGGCCUAAAAGUUGCUGCAUAACUUUGUAUUAGAGACUCUGAAAAAUGCUGUUGUUUCAAGCCAUUCCACAUUCCUCUCAUUUAUUUGUGAAUCCAGAAUACAUUUACCAUUGAAGCCAAUGGGACAAAUAUGACUCCUAGAUUUCAGUGUGACCUACGUGAAACUAAUUUAGUUCAGGUCCAACCUACAGUGUUGAUAGCAUUGCUUAGUAGAGUGGACAGCAUGCUGGGGCUGCUCUGCUCACCUGACUUCCAUUGAGAGGGAAGAGGUGUAGUGCUGGAAAGGUCAGUGUGGUACAGAUGUGUUGGUGAAGCAAAUCUGAUGCUACAACUGGCAUGUUUGCACUCCCCGGACCUCACUGCCACACCUCCCCCCCUCCAUCCCAGUAUGCUGUAGUGACUCAGCCAAACAAAGGUCAGGUGAGUGGCACAGCCUCAACACACCAUCCACUGGUGCCCCUUAGUCAUCUUUGCUGGUGUUCUUCUACUGCUUCCAGAAAGUCCUUUCUCUGCCCCAUUUCACAUAUCUUGAAUUACCCCUCCAUGCUUUCAGUCCUAUUCGAUAACGUAGCUGUGGCUUCUUUCCUUUAUGCUGCUUUACUGAUGAAUGAAAACCAGGGAGAAAUCCGACAAGAUAAUUGAUUUUUAGUUAUUAGUCAAUUUAGGGGAAAAACCCUAGUGGCUAAAGAGCAAUUUUAUCAAAAGCAGUUAAUUAGUUUCUGCUAGACGAUUCCAUAGACAAUGCCGACUUCACAAUAAAACUAACCUCUGAUAAAUCUUCCUCGUUUUCACACUUCGUUAAAUGGUUAAGAGAAGAACUGGUGGUCUUGAAAGAGAUGGAAUUAAAAGGUUCUGCACAGGAAAAUUGCUAAGACACAGCCUAGUUCCAUAGGUUGACUUCUUGAGAUCUGGCUUCAUUGAAUAUGAAUUCUGAAAGGUUUGCUUGAGUAGGUUCCGGUGGCCAUUCCUCGCUUUCCCAUUUAUUUGCUUGUAUAUAUUUAUGGAUCCCCUGAAAUAUAUAGCAAACAUUAUAAAAAGGAUUGUGCAGAGUACAUAAUAACAAUUGUUAUUAGUAUCUGGGUGGGGCAGUGUGGUGAAUCUACAUGUUUCAUGGUGUAACUGGAAAGAUGGGUUAUAUAUUUGCAGAAAGGCUGUACCAGUGGUAAAGGUAAAAGGUAAAGGUACCUCUGCCCGUACGGGCCAGUCGUGUCCGACUCUAGGGUUGUGUGCUCAUCUCACUUUAAGAGGCUGGGGGCCAGCGCUGUCCGGAGACACUUCCGGGUCACGUGGCCAGCGUGACGAAGCUGCUCUGGCGAGCCAGCACCAGCGCAGCACACGGAACGCCGUUUACCUUCCCGCUAUAAAGCGGUACCUAUUUAUCUACUUGCACUUAAGUGUGCUUUCGAACUGCUAGGUGGGCAGGAGCUGGGACCGAAAGACGGGAGCUCACCCCGCCGCAGGGAUUCGAACCGCCGACCAUGCGAUCGGCAAGCCCUAGGCACUGAGGUUUUACCCACAGCGCCACCUGCGUACCGGUGGUAGAGCAUAGUAUAUUCAUACAAAUGGUUCAGUCAGUGGUAUCUAUAGAAAGAGCUGGACCCUUCUCUUCUGCAACCCCAGAAACUCAUCUCCAGUUAGUGUAGAGCAGUCUUCUCAACCUGAUGCAUUUCAGGAGUUUUGGACUAUGACUCCUAUAAUCCAUGAUCUUUGGCCUUGUUGGUUGGGACUGAUGAGAGUUCAAGGCCAGUUUUAACUGUCAGUUGUUUCAUUUGGAAUAAGGCAACUUCCUAUGUAUCAGAGGCAACCAGUUCAGGUAUUCCUUUUUACGUGCAGUGCUAGGCAGAGAGCAAACCUGCUACAAUGGAACAAGAGCAAUGUCACAAUAAUUCUGAAAAGCUUUAUUAUCACAUGAAACAAGACUGACCAAAUGCCUGCAUCUUUUUUUCCCCCCUUCUGCAGCAAGGGACGAGAAUGUAGCCACCUUCCGUGGUUCCGAAUACCUUUGCUAUGACCUCUCUCAGAACCCCAUUCAAAGCAGCAGCGAUGAGAUCACACUCUCCUUCAAGACGUGGCAGCGCAAUGGGCUUAUCCUACACACGGGCAAGUCGGCCGAUUACGUCAACUUGGCUCUGAAAGACGGCGCGGUCUCAUUGAUCAUUAACCUGGGGUCCGGAGCCUUUGAGGCCAUUGUGGAGCCAGUCAGUGGCAAAUUUAAUGACAACCAUUGGCACGACGUUAAAGUGACGCGCAACCUGCGGCAGGUAAUGGGGAAGGAGAGAGAAUGCUGGGGAGGCUCCUCUCUACUGAAUCAAAGGUUGGGGUAGAUCAGUGGUUACAGGGCAACUGUUAGAUAAACGGGGGCUCAGGGUGGGAACAGCUGAGCAUUUGCAUCCUAGCCUUUCACAGUAACUGGAAGGAAAACAAGUGUUCAUUAAUUUACUGUAACUUAGCCUUGCAAUAUCUUCAUUUCCACUUAAUAAUUUUCUGUCUUUCCCCCCUCCCUUGAUUUGAUUUAACAAUACGAUUCUGUGACUUAACUUUACUUUCAUCUCCCUUUUCCUUUACUCUUUUCCCCUCCUUUUCUUUCUUUUUUAUUAUUUCCUUAAUUACAUUUCAAUCUUAUCAGUAAUAUUCUUGUUGCAUUUAAUUACAGUAGGAAUGGAGACUGUUUUCUGCAGCUGCUUUAUCCGCUCCCUUUUUUUCUUCUUUUAUGUCCUUUUAAUUGAUUUAACCAUUUCCAUGAUGCCAUUACUCGAAUGCUGUAAGGACCCAGUCCACUUGGAUGCUCUCUUGUGCAAAACCUGUUGCAACCAAUGCAAGGAUAUUUCAAGAGGGCUUGUGCAGGAGAACCUCCCAGUGACCUGGGUCCAUAAAAGCCUUUGUUUCUGCCUCUCCACCCUCUUUUUUUUAGUUUAUUUUUUUGUGUGCGAGUUACUUAUUUUAACCUUACGCUCCUGAUCCUUAACAGGCCGUACUUCUUCCAGAUCUCCCUAUUUUCUUUGUUUUGGUUUUCGUUAUGAAUCUACACUGUUGCUUCUUUUCUCUCUGUCCACUUUUCCCCGUGAGGACUUCAAAAGACCUACUUAUCAAAGCUACCAUGGAAGAGGCUCUACAAUGGUUGAUGUUGCCCUUUUGCAACUUCACCUGUUGCUCUUCUAAGCAGACAGAUCAGGUGAUGUGCUCACUUAGACAGCUCUUUAAUAUCACAACUUUCUCAUAAAAUAUAAAUAAGAACUUUUAAUAGGUAGGAUUCAUUUAAAUAACCUUGCUUCUGAAAGCUGGUGAAAUAUAUCAGGUCACGGGGUCAUCUACAUCAUGACAAAUGGAACUUUAUGUUGUAUAUGUAAAUCAUCUUGAUUAGGUAAAUGCUGUGUAAAAUAGCUUGUAAGCUAUUAUUUCUUUCAAAUUAAUUCUUUAAAGUGCUGGGUGGUUGUUGUUUUUAAUGCAAACAUUUAGACCAACACUUGUUGAUGCAAGCAAAACAUAACCUAUUUAUUUUGCUUGCUCAUAUGAAUGUUAACACCAAUCAGUUUAUGCAACUUUAUGGACUGAAAAAGCUGCCUUCAGGGAACAUUUAUACUAAUAGAAAGUAAUAAUCCUCAUGCCUAAGGACAUUAACUAAUCACAGUCAGGGGCCAGGAAAAUCUUUUUUCCCCCUGGGCAUUGCCUUGCAUAAUUAGGUUCAAUUUCCAGAGCCUUCCAGUAUCAGCAGUCCUUAAGCACAAUCAGCCACUGCGUUCUCAUUUCUUUUUCAGAAACAUUAGAUCUGUAGGUCCUAGGAUGCCUUUUUUUCCAUGCAUUGCAAUAUUUUUUGUGCCACUUGAGAUAUACUUGAAUGAUUCAAUGCUCCAAAUGUAAUAAAUAUAAUUAUCUUACCUGCAGCAACAUUUAAUGUGGAAUAUACUUACAGAAGAACAAUCUGUAAAGCUGAUUCACUUUUCAUAUUGCAAUUCAAAAUGAGCAGCAGCCCUGUUUUUAAAGAGAAAAAAAAUGAAUAUGAGGAUUCGUAAUUGCCAAUGAAAGCCUUUUCCUUUUUAUGCUGUCCUCCUUGAGUAUAAGUAAUUGAAAGCCAUACCAGAUGCAAGGAGUGGUUCAGCAUCUAUCAGUUAGCUCAGAUCCACUACGAAAUUUCAGUUACAGAACAAGAACAAGAACAGAUUCUGCAUAGGGAACAAAAUGCCUAGUCCCUCUCAUCCACUCCCUUUUUACCAGUGAUUUGAGAUAUGCUAAGAUUUAGAAGGAAAGCACAGAGUAUGCCUGCUAGCAGUUUAAAUAUCCCUAGCUUCUGUAAAGAUUUUACUCUCAUUGUUCACUGCCAAAUGUUACACUUACUGGCAGGGAGUUCUACAAACAAUGGGUGUGGGUGUGUAAUGUUGCUCUUUAUUUACAGAAGAGCUGCAAAUUGAUUUUACUUCUCACCUUGCAGCAUAAUAUAAAAGGAUAAGCAUUUUCCCCAGACCACCCAAGAUCUUAUAUAGUUCAGCCAUAUCUUCCCACCUCUCUCUCUUUUUCUCCCCUAAGUGUAGCAGCAAGUGGGGCAGUGUAGCUCACCUGACUGCUCAAUACCUAGUGUCACUGCCAGUUACCUAGAGGGAGAGGGGGAGUGGCAGUGAGGCGCUUGGCACAGGUAUUCUUGGGAAACCAAGCUGACUGCUAUGGAUCCCAAAUGCACGCUAGCAAAAUGCCCAUUUUCUGGAUGGACAAUGGAAGGUAUGUGCACCUGGGAUAUGUCCCUUCCCUCAUUAUUCCAGGGAGAGCCCUUCCACUCAUUGUCAAGGAUAAAGGCAUGCUUGAGGGCUCCCAUGUUUCCCCUGCUCCUGCCAGGGCCUCCCAGCUGGGUUUGGGAAGCUGUGCACCAUUUAAAAUGUCUGGGGCAGUUGAGCCAAGACGGGCACCAGGACCAGCGAGCCCUGGCAACUGCCCAAGGUUGUGGAAUAGUGACGCCAGCCUUGGAUCAAAGACAGAUUUUGUCCCCCUUGCAAUUGUCAUUCCCUGGUGCAGCACUUUUGUUACUGCCAUAUAUGUUGAUAGCUGACAUUAGUUCCUAUGGAGGAAACACAGGAGUUGUAUUAAGGGACACUAUCUGGGUGACAACUAGCCCUGCACUCUGUUGCCGGUGACCCAACUUCAGUCUAACUCCAGUCAUUGAGAACCAAGGCCACUUAUUUCUAUCUGCAUAGUUGCAUCCUGAGUUCUAUUUCUUGGUUUUCACUUGAGUGUCGAAAACCGGCUAAUACAUCUAAAUAAAGGUGCUGUUCAAAAGCACACCAGUGCAAGCAGAUAAAUAGGUACCACUGCGACAGGAAGGUAAACGGCAUUUCAGUGUGCUUUGGCUUCCGUCACGGUCUUCUGUGCGCCAGUAGCAGUUUAGUCAUGCUGGUCACAUAACCCAGAAAGCUGUCUGUCAACAAAUGCCAGCUCCCUCGACCUGAAAAGUGAGAUGAGUGCCACACCCCAUAGUCAUCUUUGACUGGACUUAACUGUCCAGGGGUCCUUUACCUUUUUACCUUUCACACUAGCAUAUGGGGGUUUGGUGGUGAUCAAAAUGCUCUUAGGAUGAUGCACAAGUAUGUCAUCUCCACUCCCAGUUUUGACCCUAUCCAGUCCAGUUCUAUGUCAUCAAGUAGCAAUGAGCAACUGUACCUCAUCUCUGAUUGUCUCUGGUAUGGCAGUGCAUACCUAUUCUGCUGCACCAGUGUGGCAGUUCACAUUCACAACACUAGCAGAAUGUCACUAUAUACUUUUAAUCUCUUAUUGACCAUCAAAUGUUAGAUUUGAGGCAUGGCUUCCCUUUGCGACAUUCAUGUUUGCUUCCUCCUUAAUAGGUAGUGUUUGCCUGCACAUUUAGUCACUCUCUCUCUCUCUUUUUAAUGUAUCCUCUGCCAAUUUCCUCUGUACCAAAAUUAGACACAUUGGUGUGUAGAUUCCUGAUUACCUUUGCAACCUUUUAAUUAGAUUUGCUUAUAUUGGCUUCCUUCCAAUCCUCUGAUAUCAAGAAUGAUAGGAGAGAUAAGGUACAUACCAAAGCAAGUGAUUCAGUCAUUUCAUGUUGGAGCGGCAAAAAAUGCUGCUGCUCUCGUGACCGAUUACUUUUUACUGUGGACAUUUGUCCUCAAACUACUUCCAUGCAGUUUUCAGGGUGUAAUGAUUCCUUAGAUUUGUUGCCUAAAGAUAACACUUCAGGUAUCCCUCUGACAUAUAUACAGUAUAUGUGUGUAUACGGUAUAUAUAUAUAUAUAUUUGGAAGGCAGAUACGGAGAGCUCUCUGGGAUCUUUUUCAAUCUCCAGAGAGACUGCAAAAGAGAGUCUGGGGGACAAAUGAGUGUGCUGCUCCUCUGUAGGCCUGCUGCUAAUCCAUUAUUUUUAGAUAAACCCUUCUUGGUUUUGCUUAGCACAGGCUUACAUUUAACUUCCUACAAUGUAGUUAUUCUCUGGUUUUCCAAAUCUGGAUCACAUUUCCACUUUUUCAAGAAUGCCACACUUGAAAGGAUACAUUUUCUACUCUAGCACUGCAAAUCUUUUACUUCCACAGAUCUGAUGUAUGUAUGUGUAAGCAGAAAUAUAGCAUGGUGUCAGGCUAAAUUCUACUCAAAGUGACACCGGGCUGCUGGGUUGCAAAUGAAAGCAAUGUUUUGUUUGUUUCCACUGGAUCACAUGCAUAUGUAAAUUUCAUUCCUCAUACAGUGGAUGGGCCUAAUGAUCCCAUUUCAUUCAGACAUUCUCAUCAGUCCAGUAAAGGACUGUCACCUCAAAAUACAAUUUUAAAAUGUAACUUUAUUUAUCAAUUUGUAUCCAUUUUUUUUUUGACAUUUUCAGAAUGGCUGCUCUCUGAAAUUCUCUCGCCGCUUCAUUGACCAUUUUGGUUAAUGGUGUAUAUUAUUUUUUCUGAGGCUGGGUGAGAAUCGGUCUUCAAUGACAGGCAAUGGCCAAAGGAAAAUUAAUCUUCCAGGCAUGCCAGAGCUUCCUAUUCAAAAUGCUGGGUUCAAGGAGGAUGACAAUUAGGAUUAGAAGCAGAGAUCAGUUGUAAAAUAAAAAAAAUAAAGAUCUCCCCUUCAGCUUGUCAGACAGAGGCAAUAUAGGCACAGUCACAGCAGAAGGGCAUGGCACAACUCUUUCUGGACUGUACCACUUCAAACAUCUUUUGAGAGAUCAGUGCUUCACCAUAAAUAAUAAACAGACAGAGGCACUAUAGGCACAGUCACAGCAGAAGGGCAUGGCACAACUCUUUCUGGACUGUACCACUUCAAACAUCUUUUGAGAGAUCAGUGCUUCACCAUAAAUAAUAAACACCCUCUGCAUUGCAAAUUGGCACAUCAAGGACAUCGCUAGUCCAGAGCCUUUCCUCUUGAUGUACUAGUUUUCAGUGUGCAGGGAGAUUUCUAUGUUGAACAUUCAAACAUGGUAUCCCUGCAUCUGCAGUCUGAAAUGGUUCCCAUGGCAAGAGUUCACAUCACGUGAUUCUGCUGCAUGUGUAAAUUGAUUUGUACUUAACACCAAAGCAUCACCCUUUACGGCUGAGCUUUUCUUGAGUAGUCAUUGCAGUUUCCACGGUUAAUUUACCUUGUUAAACGUUUACUAUUUUAAAAUAGUAAUAUUUGCUAAAAUAUUAGCAAAUGGGAUACAUUUUUUGUGGUAGGUAUGGGAUUUUUGAUAUUUUUCACCAGCACUUUCAGAAGAGGGUUAGUAAUAGGGGUUGCUGUGUCCACCCUAUUUAAACAUUUAAACAGGCAGAGCAGGGCAGCACAAAAACUGGGAUCUCUUCUUGUCUUGCUACUAACAUUUCAUAAUCUUUGGUGACCCCUUUGCCCUGCUGCAAUAUUGGAUGGUGUGGUGAGGCAGUGGCACUCAUCUGAAUUCUAGUUGGUUAUGUCACUGCUGCUUACCAGAAGGUGGAGGAAGGGAGCAAGAUGGGUAUUGUGGAAAGGCCCUGGCAGUGCCCCUGUCUGGCAUUCCCACCAGUACACCUGCACUGUGUCAACUUCACAGCUGCCUCUUGCUCUACCUCCUGGUAAGCAGUCACAGUGCGACCAACCAGAGAUCAGAUGAGCAUCACAGCCCUAAUGCACCAUCUGCAACUGCCCUGCUAUAACCCUUUUCUUCAUUUAUGGAGGACAAGGAUAAUUGUGACACACCCUGCAGUACACAUGGUGAAAGGCUUCCCUGAGUAUUAUUGACCAUCAUCCAAAGGGAAGGGGCAUGAUGGCAUUGCAAUUGCAGUCGUGCCAUCUUAUGUCCCAAACAGAUAUUGACUGAAAAUCUAGGUGCAACAUACUGGGGCUGCUGUCUACUAAGCAGAUAUGCUGUCAUUUAUUUUAAAAGCACGUGGGAGUCCACUUUGUAACUGGUGGACUUACUCCGGCAUUUUCAGUGUGUUUCAUUUUCAGAAUGGGAACAGAGGACAGCUUUUCUCCUCGCCCUCUGUUGUCUCUGGCCAAAGGAGUUUGGCAGGUUUAUGAAACACUGCAAAACCCUGUUAAGCAGCCUUGCACUUAGCAACUUACCUGGCAAACAUAGGUGACCAGGAAUUCCAUGCAGGAGAGUCAAUAGGCUAGCAGAAGAGAUAAGGGACUCUCCAUCUUUGCUCUUCUGCACCUUUUAUUAUUCUGCAGCUCUCCAUAAGCCUAGCAGUGAGCAAUAGACAUACUACUCCCCACCUUCUCUCAUAAAAGGACAUGUUAAAUUCUACCCAUCUUUCCCCCUUCUUCCCAAAAUAUCUGAUGCAAGCAGUCACCACGCCUUCCAAAAUUAGGCAAGCUUCUCCCCACCCUCCUGAGUACCGCAGGUGAGCUACACAUCGUUUCUGUUAGUCCAACCUCUCAUGUUCUGUAUGUCUUUCUUGAGAGUCACCAGUUCAGCCACUUUAAAGAAAUCUGGAAAUUGGGGGACGGGAAGGACCACCCCCAGGGAAUCGUCAAGCAACAGCCUGCACCUGAGAAAUAUAUUCGGUUGGUUAGAAUAACUGAGCAGCGCUGGAGGGUAGCAGUGGCUGGAAUAACUAGGAGAGAGAAAUGGGCUUGGGCGGUGGGAGGAGGCAAGAUUGGAAUCGCUCAUGCUGGUAUAUAUUUAUGCGGGGUUGAGAGAUAUGGAUGGGGAAUACAUUUUUGAUGGGCUUUUGGAAAGUAAGUAUUGUUUAUAUUUUAUCAUUUUGAUCCAGUUUGGGAUGGGUUGGGGCGGAUGGAGUUGGAACGUUGAUAAACUUUCUCGGGGUGGGAUGGGCAGGAAGCAGCAAAAGGAGAAUGGGAAGGGUAGGCAGCUCCCUUCCUCCUAACAAUCUAUAUGGCAUGGUUCCCCCCAGACAGUCCUGCUCAUAUUGUCCUCUUCUCACUCUGUGUGUGUCGGGCGCCCCAAGCCUUUUUUUGAAAGACUAACACUAGACCAUUCAUGCAAUGUGUCAUUUUUACUAACCGACUAAUGUACUAACACCCUAACGACUCAUCUUUGCUUUUAGUUAUUUUAAUUAACAAUCGUUCUGUUCACAAUUUUUUAAUUUCCUUUCUUCCCCCCUUUUCCGCAAAGCACUCAGGCAUUGGACACGCUAUGGUAAACAAACUACAUUGUCUGGUAGAUAUCAUUCUUAUUGUCUCUUUUUUUGGGUUUGCCGUGUGUUACCUCCCUCUUCCUCUCCAUCCCCCACCACCCUGUUUUUCCCCUGACCCUUUAUACUUACCGUCCCCCUUUUCUUUUCUUUUUCUUUGAUUUUGCUGUAAAUACCCUUUCUUCCUCUUUUUUUCUUUUUUCUUUAAAAAAACAUUUUCUUUAAGAAAAAAUAACACCAAGAAGCAAACAAACAAAUACAACAGUUCUGGAAAUGGGGUUUGGUCAUCUUUCUUCAUUGGCUUCUUCACGUCAUUCAUUUCUCCUCCUAAAAAUAUAUUUUUAACUCUGUUUCCAACCCCUCAGUAUUUUUGCAAACUCCUCUUCUACCUAUCUUCUCUCUCUUUUCUCCUGGUUAUCUUUCUUUUGCGCUCUCUCAUUCUGCCUCUGCAUUUCUUUUGGAUUCUCUGAAGGUUUUUAGCUCAACAACCAUGUCAGGGCCUAUAGUUUGUUGUGGUGAGGCUGGUCUUUCCCUCCCCUCAUCCUUUUGUUGUGGCAACAGCUGUUGUAGGCAAAACUGGCCGGAGCAUUUCCUGUCCUUUCCGCUUCUAACCCUCUUCCUCCUGCCGGCUCCUCUCCAUAUAUUUUCUCUCUUUCUCUCCCUUCAACCUUCCACUUGCCAUGGCCAAAAGGAGCUCAGCCAGUUGUUUGUUUCAGCGCAUUUUCCGCAUGGCAUGCCCACCUCCUCAGUCCCCACUCGCCAUACCGGAAGCCUCAAUCUCUUUCCCACCAUCUCUUUUCCAAGCCACAAAUAACCUAUUAAAACAAAACACACCUCAUUUUCACUCCCUUCCUCCCCACCCUGCUCCCCUUCUGUCUCCCUUCACCCACCAUGUGUUAUGGGGCUUGGGAUAUUUUAGGCUACUUCUUUCUUUUUGCCCUAUACCUCAUUUUCUGGUAAGGUCUGGAUGGUUUUUCUUUUAAAGUUUAGUUUAGCCCUUUUUUUCCUUAACUGCAUGCAAGUGUGAAAAAGCCCUCUCUUUCUCUUUCAGAAUCUCUCUCUCUCUUCUGAGCUUCGAAUAUCACUCGCAUGGGUGUGUCAAAGUUUGGUGUGUGCGACUGUGUGUGGUGUGUGCAUGUUGCCAUUUUUAUUUUUUUUUUGGUUCUCUCUCUCUUUCUCUCUCCCGUUUCUCUAAUUUGCUGGUGUGUGGUUGACUUUUUUUCUUUUUAUUCUUACUAUCUUUCUGUUAAAUCAUAUUCUCUCUCUCUCUCUCUCUCUCUCAGUUGCGGUCUUGGGUGGUGGGUGGUUGUCUCUGUAGGUCCAUAGCAUGCUCCUCCAUAAUGUAUUGAAAGUGAGACCCCUCCCUUCCCCUCCCCUCCCUUCCUGAAUGCAUGACUAUCACCAUACCGUGUGAGCAAAAAAAGAAAGAAAGAAGCAAAAUCAAAUAUAUCAACUUCGUCUUCAUUAGUGUCUUUACUAACAAUCGUAACUAACAAUAAUCACUACAAAUAACAGCUAAUUAAUCAUUUUUUUUAAAUAAAAAAAAUCAGCUCUCAGAAGCUCUCAGAGGAACAGUUCAAUUUUCUGGCCUGGUUAAACAACGGGAGCCAUUGCGGCAGAUUAGAAUAGCUCUUAACUCAGCUUCAGCGCUAUUGAACUAACAGCACAGGUGACUGAGGAACUGAAGGGACAGGGCAAAACAGCAGACCAGAAAAUGGAACUGAGCUGCACCGAGUAAACAAACCUCAGCGAAACAUGUGUGAAAAGUUGCACAAAAAGUAGGGGAGAUGACUUGCUCUUUCUAAGAACUGUAAGGUCAUUGCUGGGAAUUUUGUUUUUUUUCUUUUCUUUCUUUUUUUUUUUUGGUCCAUUGUGUCCUUCAAACAGGUGACAAUCUCUGUGGAUGGAAUCCUCACCACCACGGGCUACACACAAGAGGACUAUACCAUGCUAGGCUCAGACGACUUCUUCUACGUAGGUGGGAGCCCCAGUACAGCUGAUUUGCCUGGUUCGCCUAUCAGCAAUAACUUCAUGGGCUGCCUCAAAGAGGUAAAUGUUUCAAACUGUGGGCAUUCUGUUUUUUGACAAUUAUGCACCCCAACCAAGUUUUCUGCAGUUCCUUUACUGAAUAUUAUAUGUACUAAUCGAGAACUACUGUAAUUCCCCAGGCGUUUUCCCUCAUGUCACCAAAGCACUACCAUUUGCACAAUAACAGGGGACAUAUAUGCAGGUUUGGGGGAAUCGCACAUUUUUCAGAAACAUUAAAAAAGAAAAACUGUUGGUGAAGAAGAACCUUAAGGGGAGAACUCCAAAAGUCAUUUACUCAGUGCAUACAGAAUGUUUUUUUGCGGGGGGGAGGGCUGGGGAUAAUGAAUAGAGUAUUCUUGAAAAUGGUGUGACUAAUUAGCUGCAAAAUGUGGGCUCCAUACUGCAACUCUUUAUUGCAAUCUCACAUACAGUUGCUCCUCUAGGCAGCAGUGACAGUGACAUCUGGGCAGCAGUAGUGGCAGUAGUAAAACAAGCCACCGUUAUCAUGUAUUCCACAGCCAGGCCUCUGUCACUUGAGCUAAUUGCAGAUUCAGUAGCUAACAUUCAAAUACAUCAGCAUCUGGUGAAGGCAAAGAGGGCCUAAUCCACAUACACAUUUUGAGCUCGGGCUAGGGGAUGGCAAAGAGCAGAUCUGAGUGGAAUGAAAGCAAAGAAGGACAAACCGAGACACUUGAAAAAGGCUGUUGGGGUUGUUGUUUGUAAGAUGAUCCCAAUUUGUUAGCAACUGUUGUAGACUUUAUGAGAGAAAGAAGGGUUGCAGACUGAACCACAGGCACAUAUCAUGGACUGAAGGGGAAAUAUUGCAUAAGUGUGGGAAACUUCUUGAGCUCCAGCUGCUGUUGGACUACAACUCCCAUCAGCCCCAGUAAGCAUGCUGAAUGGCCAGAGAUGAUAGAAACUGUAGUUCAGAACUUCUUCACACCUGAAAUAGUAGAACGUCAUAGCAGAGAGUUAAAAAAGAAGCAGAAGCAGAGAAAAAGGACAGAGAAAAAUGGUAAAUGAAAUAAAGGAGAAAACUCUGUGCAUCAUGAACUAAAACAGGGCUUGGAGUUUUUACCCAGUCUGAGGACGACUACUGCACUACUUCUAAAGAAAAAUGUUUUUUUGUUUUUUUUUUGCAGGCACUGAAAAUAGUACAAUGAAGGCACUUGCCUGAUAUCAAUAGGCAGGGAGUUCCAAAGUGUAAGUGCUGCCACACUAAACGAUUAAGUGCUUACAAAUGCAGAACGGGUAUUAUGUGGCACAAGUAACAGUGCUCGUUCUACUGAUUGAAGCAGACUAGUGGGUGUAUAUGGGGUAAGGCAGUGUCUUAGGUAUACUAAUAGCAACACCUAGUAACGUGGCCUGGUAGCAAAUUGGCAACCAGUGCAGAUUGCUGAGCCUAGGUGCUUUAUAUACUGACAGGUAUUGAUCCUUAUUGUUGGGGCAGCGUCCUAGUUGGACCAGCCUCUACUGCCAUUUUGUGUUUUUUGUAAAAAAACAAAAACCCAACCCAGCCCCUUCUGGUAAGGUCAAGUUGCUCAGUACUCCAUUAGCCCAGUGCUGGAACGUUAAGUGCUAGGUAAGACAGCUGAAACUGCCCCAUCUCCAUAAUAUUCAAUGCUUCUAGACCCCCUUCUCAGUCUUAAGCCCAGAGGCAUUGGGGAUGAUGAAGAUAGCAACAGCUGCGGCCAUCUUGCCUGUUACUUUUCCUUAUGGUUCUGUAUGUAUGUAUGUAUUUAGGGAUGCAAGCAUCAGCCUCUGGCAUUUGCCCUGCUAUGCUGGGUAGUAAUGCCAGGCCUGAGAUCUGGCAUGUUUCACCUGAGGAUUCUGGCCACAAUAACCCCUCCGCCCCAUCCCACCCCCCCAACUGGAGUAAAACUAGCAAGGAGUAGAGUGGUUGAGAUGGUAACUGGCGAACACAGUACAAAAAGAGAAUUGGGAUGGCGUAAUUGCACCCAUUAAAUCCAUGCCUCCUUUUCUGAUUAUUAGCCAUUUCAGACAGAAUGGUUUUUGCAUCCACUCUCUGAACAGAUGAUUAACGGUUUAAUCUCUAAUAACUUUACGUUUUAUGGAACCCUGCUAGGAUUCUGCAUCUGGUGAGCCAAGCUAUUUAAAGCUGUGUUAAUUCUGUUAAUUGCUCUACGUUUAUUUGGAUUGCUGGCACCUGCGGGCUUCGGGAUAAUGUUUGGGGUUUAUAGUCUCCCUGCUCCUUGCUGAGGAAAAUGGAGAAGGACAUUUUCCUUCAGCUAGAACCAAUAACCUUGGCAGAAGUUCCUUACUAAAAAAUGUUUGUCCUCAAGACUCCCUCUCCUACCACAGCUGAAAGCAAUGAUUUGUCACUCAGAGCACCGGAUGUUGGCUUGGCUGGGGAGGCAGCCAUCCUGUUUUGCAUCCAUUUGCUAUUAUAAAAAGGUGGUGGCCAGAGCAUCAAGGAAUGGUGCCAGAGCAUUUGAAAGGCCGGUCAGUUUUGUCUUUGCAUAUCACACUCCCAAGCCAGCUGCCAGCACUCCAUUUUCCCAAUGCAAAGGGCCUGGGCACUUUGAAGACACAGAUGUGUGUGCAUGUGUUGCGGGGAAGCUUUUGGGUAAUUUUUGAACCCAAACUGGGAAGAAGCAAAAGCAUUAAUUGCAAAGCAAAUUAAGUCCAUUAGAUGUUUUUGUGCGUGCCAGUUGCCUGAAAUCGGGGGCAGGGGGACUGUUUAAACUAGCGAAGCUGUGCUAAAACCACUGCUGAGUAGAAUAUCUUAAAGGGUCUGAAAUGGUCCACUGAGUGUGUGUCCCCCUCCUUUUCCCCUGAUGAGACUCAAGGCAUCUCACAAAUAAAAACAAGAAUGGCUAAAAACAUAAGAAAAACAAUAAUUAAAAAACAAUUAAACAUUAAUAGAAUUAAAACUACAUGCAUAUAUAAGAUCUAUUUAAGACAAAACAACACAGCACUAGUGCUUUCAUUAAAAACAGUCAGUUUCCAAGCACUGGAACAAGAAGGUCUUCACCUGCUGGCAGGAGAACAACAGGGAGAAAGCCAAUCUAGCUUCUUCAGGGAGGGAGUUCCAGAGUCUGGGAGCAGCCACCAAGAAGACCCUCAUUUUAAAAUGGUGGCAUGAACAUCUUCUUAGGAAUGAAGUCCAGUAGGGUUUUUUAAAUAAUAAUAAUAAUAAUAAUAAUAAUAAUAAUAAUAAUAAUAAAUAUUAUUUACUUAUGGAAACUUUCUCUUCUGAGAUGAUCACAGGAGCCAACUCCUAGGGGCCAAGGGGUCUUCGCCCCACCCAAUAAAAUAUUUGAGGCCCCCCCAAGUUGAUGAGCAUUGCCAUUCAAUCGUGUGCGUGCACUGCAUCGUGUGAUUAUGUGGGGUGGGGUUUAUCUGGUCCCCCCCAUAUUUCAUUCAAGUUGGCACCCCUGGAGAUGAUCCAUUAGUAAUGGGCUUCCACCAUUUGUUCCUGAUAGUUGGUGUAGGACUUUGUGAAGGACUUCAUACAGUUAUAGCAAAUAGAGAGGUAUGCUACCUCCAUCUACAGAUGGUAGGGGCUUCUGGAUCAUGAAUAAAGAUCUGAGAUGAAGGCAAGUUUGUAAUUAUAGAAAGACAUCAAUAAGACUGCAAGAAAGUUAACUUGUCAUGAGGGCUGGCUCAUAUGACAUGCUAAGGCAAACUGUGGCUUAGUGACACCACAUGAGUGGAAAGGACAAUGCAGUUGACUCCCAGCCCUUCUUGCUGCUAAACCUUGACUGUGCUGAGCUAAGCUCAGAGACCAGUUCCUGGGAAUCACAAGUGAAGAGAGUGCUGAUGUACUCAUGUCCAGCUUGCAGGCUUCCCACAAGUAUCUGGUGAGCUGGUAUAAGAACAGGAUGCUGCACUAGGUAGGCCAUUGGUCUGGUCCACCUGGGCUCUUCUUAAUAUGUUAAAAGCUCAGAUCUGGCUUAGUGUCUUGUCCAAACUGGGAUUUGUGGCUAAGCUUUCUUCACGAAAACCACAAGCUGUAGCCAAGAACAAACCUUGGUUUGACUUAAGGCUCCUCUGCACAUCCCUUCCUAAAGCCCCAUCUGCCCACAUCUAUUUUAUGUGUUAUUAUCAGUGGAACCAUGCUGCAGCAAGUUGGCAACUGAUCUCACGUUCCAUUAUAACAGGACCAUCCGCCUUGCUAAUUUGUUUAUUGGAUCUAGUGUCCUGUUGCUCAUAUUGAAAAUCGGCAGAAGGAAAGCACGUGCACUCUACUUGCUUCAGUUGGGACAAGUAGUUGUUCACAUUUGACUGAACAAAAUAUCAAAACAAACACUGUCAUUUCCCAAGUUUUCUGAGGUCCUUAGGUGAGACCCUGGCUAGGCCCACAUCCUUCUGAUCAGUGUCACCACUGCCCCUCUGCUUCUCACCUUCCUCUGUAGUCAAUUCACUCAGCUGCCUAGAGAGUGGCAGUGAGUCAAGCAGAAGCUUUUACUUCCCCUUAUUCUUGGUGCUGCUAUGUCAUGCCAUGUGGACAGGUGACCAGGGAGGAGUGCCAAGCAGUAAGACGGGCCAAGAGACUCCUAGGGUCUGGCACUGGCCUCUCCUGCUGAGCACUGGAAAAGAGAAGCAGCCCUAAACUCAGACCCUUAAAACACUCUUGACAAAAGUGAGAAUGUGCUGACAUACCCCCAUCCCUGAUUUAGUGAGCUGUAUUCCUCUAUAUUCCCUUUUAAUUAUUCUUUUAUAUAUUAUGCUAGAAGUGUCAGCAUUCUGAAACAAGGUGUCUCUUUCAAUAAACACACCCCUCAACCUGUCUAGGCCUAGCCUGAGCCAAGCAGACAGCAUUCAGCCUGAACAUUUCCACUCAGGAAUCUCUAAGCAACGGGAUAAAUCCAACAGUGAGAUUCCAGCGUUUAUUUCCCUGCAGCUUUGCAGCCACAGAAGUAACUGUGAAAGCUGAUCAUUACUGCCUGAAAGCACUCCCUGUUCAGCGCUCUCAGCCUGUGUGGGGUCGUCCCUUCCUGGAAAUUUUCAAAAGCAGGGAGUAGUUUUUACCAACCUCAAAUCAGUGGACUGGUGCUGAGUAAAAAAGGGGGCUGAUUAGGGACUGGCCCACUGAGACACACUUCAGAGAAUCAUAGACAUUAAAGGCAGCAGCACCUGCUAGGCCCCUUGUCCAUCUCCUCUCGCCAUGCACUUCAUUGUUCCGUUCUCUGUAUUAACAUGAAACAUUGCUACAAAGAGCUAUUUAAACCCUGCCUUUUGCUUGCCAGGUUUUCUAUUCCAUCAGUUUUUGCAACAGAGAUUUCUAAGGACAAAUAAGUGGUCUUCAUCACUCUCCACCCCACCCCACUUUUUAUCUAGGCUUCCCUUUGUGUGUUGUUGCCGAAAAGUAGCACCAUGAAUGCUGCACUUAAAUGAUUUCUAUUGUAUCUGAAGUUUUCUUAGGUUUAAAGGAGGUUUACAACGAACACUAAGAAAAUUCCCUUUCUUAUUCUUCUUCAUGUUUGGAAUGUUAAAAGUGUAGGGAAUAGGUUAUAAUACUGUAUAUUGCAGACCUUCAGAAACUGUCCAUCAGAAGUGUAUGGUGAUCCACCGAGAUCCCAGUAAACAUCCUGUUUUCCCUGUCUGCCUGGGACUGAAGAGACAUGGGCUACAAUUCCAGAGUUUCCCGGGAAGAGGGCUGACUGUUAAACCACUCAGAGAAUUGUAGCUCUGUGAGAGGGAAAGGGGUCUCCUUGCAAUUCUCAGCAACCUUAAUAAACUACACUUCCCAGCAGGGGAGCCAACUUGAAUAAAAUUUUGUCGGACAGCUCUCACCAUCUGUUGCCCCAUUUGAAAGAAGUACUUCCUCUUGUUUGCCUUGAACCUCCUAUCCUUAAGCUUCCUUGGGUGACCUCCUGUGUCACAGUUUCCUGCCAGAAACAGAAGGGGAGAGUGGAGGCUAUGGUUAUAGCUGUUCUCUUACUUCUCCUCUCACUCCCCUCCAUCACAUGGCUGCUGAGCACCAGCAAAACAACAGAAAAAUAAAACCAGAGAAUUUGGAGGCUCUUCUUUGACAAUUCCCAAAAGAUAAUCUGGAAACACUGACCUAGAGUUUAUGUUGAGUAAUUCUACUGAUGCCACUUCCAGAGAUGUUAAUGGAGAAGAAGCAGGGACCACCAGUAGAAGCUGAAGAAACCUGCUUCUGUACCUCCUUUUUUAGGAAACAAAGUGCAAAACUGAUUAAGAUGCACACUAGGAAGGCACAUGGUACCACACUUUAGAAACCAGGGCCGGCCCAGGACAUUAUGGCACCUGAUACGACACACAAAAUGGCACCUCCCCACCCUCUGGGGAAGAGGGGGUGAAUGAAGCCCUACAUCAGGAACAAGAUUGGGGAGGUGGGGAAUUAAGAUCUACAUCGGGGACAGCAUGGAAAGUGGAGGUCAGCUUUGGGAACAAGGGGGUCGUGUAAGUAGGAACAGCAGGCAGUGCAUUCCUUGGAGGCCAGAUCUUCUGCCCCGUGGAUCCUGCUGCCUGAGGCAGUCACCUCAUCUUGCCUCACGGGUGGGAUGGCCCUGUCACAAACACAUUAAGUAGAAAACACUGCUCUUACUAAAGAGGAACAAGGACCCACCAUGUACAUAUGUGGAUAUUAAGGGACUUUGAAAGCUUUUGAGUUGUCUGUAGUUUAUGUCUUGUAUUUUAAGUGAUAUUCAAUGCUUUCUCUGUUUUAUUUUGACCUAUUGAUAGCUGCCCUGAAUCUUCAAGAUGAGGUGGGUUAAAAUUUCCACACAAAUGCAUUUCAAAAAGAGAAUGGCACUAAUCUCACCCACUCCAGGCACAAAUCAACUAGUUCACAAUUCCAUGGAGAAGGCAGGCAUGUGCCAAAUGGAAAAUAUAUAUGAAAAGUUGGGAUGGAUAAAUGCACCCAUAGGCUUGUGUCAGCAUGCAUGCAAGCACAACCACAUUCAUGUGAAGAGCACUUGUAUAAUCUUCUAUGAGUAUCGGCAUGCAUAGUGUGCCUAUUCUGCAUUGCAGAGUUGUAGAAUUCACAACCACAAUUGUCACUAAAUAAUCUGCACCAAUGUGUGAGUCACCGCUGAAAGCAUGUCUGUGUGCACAAAUAUAUGUACUGGGAAAUGAGGGGACAUAUACAGAUAUAUGAGGCUGCCUUGUACCAAGUCAGACAUAGGCUCCUUUAUUUUCUGAUCAGCAAUCUGGUUGUCUUAGGCAGGGAUCCUUCUGAGCUCAACUACAUGGAAUGUUUUUGGAUUGAGCUGGUGGUUGCAAAUGGGACUUUUUGAGCCCAUUUGCAGGGUGAUAGGGAAGUAAUGAUGGACAGGGGAGACAUAGACACCCCCUCAAUCUUUGAUGGACUAAAUUAUUCUUUUAAACCUUCAGGGGAUUCUACAUUGUAAUGUAGCAUCUUUGUAAUGUUCCCAAAGAGAAAAAGAAGAGAAGCAGGUGAAGAGAGAAGCCUCUGCUGUUGGUCAUUGUAAACAUAGGAUGGUAUUCAGCUAAGAAUAGACCCAUUGAAGUUAAUGGACCUAACUUGGUCAUGCUUGUUAAUUUCAGUGGGUCUGCUCUGAUUAAAACCUAGUUGCAUACCAGCCCAUAAGUUUAAAAAAAUAUGCAAGCCCACCCCUGAAAAUGGUUUAAAGUGACUCCCAGAUUUUUCAGCCUUAGAAUGGGGCUGUAAGGAUCUGCAAGACACUUUUGGCACAGAUUUUUUUUAAGGCAGGGAUCCUAGGAUUUGGACUUGGAGCCUUUUGUAUGAACAUAUUGCACUCUCUCACUGAGCUGUGCUCCACAUUGUUAAACCCAAGCACAAUUGUCAAACCACACAAUCUCCUCGAGCUCAUAUGCUUCAACAAUCGUUCAUACUUCUUUUGAGCUGGUGGAAUUGCUUAUUAACCCAGGGUGAUUUCAGUGGUGGUUCAGAUGGAAUAUAGCUGAGAAGCAUAGGAACUACUUCGCAUAUUCAUUUGACCCAUCAGAGUGUGCUCAAGUUGUUCCUCCUGCUGCUGAAAAUCACUGAAUCUCUAUGCAGAUACAGAGCACUCUGCUCACUGAAAACUGUGGAAACUUCUCUGUAUGCAACUGCAAAGCAGCCAGAAGCCUCCUGCCUGAUGCAAAGUUCUUUUAAUACUCACCCGAGACAAAAGAGCUGCUACUUAGGCACUAAAAGGCAACAGAGAGCCAAUGCUAAUUCAAGCAGAAAUGCUAGUGAAAUUUUAUUUGUGACAUAUACCUACAGCUUGGACAAGAGUUUUGCAUCAGCUUCUGAAGCAAGCUCUGUGAAAUAUGAGUCCCUUGGAAAGGAAAUCAAUGUGCAAUGGUCCCAGUCUUGCAGGUGCUGGCAUGAGUAUUCUAGAAAUCUAGGCCAGUGGGGCUUUUUUGAAGGGUCGGGUUGGCAGAGCUACUUCUGUAGAACCAGCUAAUCAGCUGCCUUCUUAUGUCAGUGUUAGCCGACUGGCAGAGAGCACUACCAGGGAGCUGUGCCAAUUUUGAAUUGUAGCUUCCUCUUCCCUUCUAAGAGGGGAGCAUAUGCCAGUGCCUGUAAGCAGGUGCUCCUGGCCCUUAAAAAACACAACAAUUGUAUCCCACCCUGCUUUGAAAGGCUAUGGAACGUGCCCAGAACAAAACAAUUAAAUGUUCUGUCCUUUGCUGCACAAACAAUAUACAUUUUAAACACCUCCCCCAAGAAUCCUUGGAACUGUGAGUUACACCUCAUAGUGCUACAAUUACCAACCCCUUUAACAAACUACAAGUCCCAGGAUUGUUAAGUGUGUGGGUUUGUGUACUUCAAAUGUGUGUUGUAUAUAUGCAGUCUUUUUUAGUACCUGGCUCAAGCUUCCCAAGAAGUAACACAUGGAAGCCUUGUCACACUCUGGAUGCUCAAAUUAUGCUUAUUUCCCUUUAACUAUUCUCGUAGUCAGAUAGCAGCAUCUUGGGCAGCUUGCCUUCUCCCUACACUCCAAAAGGCAGCCGCAUUAUUCCCCAUAAGGAAUCUGAGCUCAUGCUCUGUGCACACAGAUUCCAGAGCAGACCGAAUGAUUAAUGGGAUGUGUCACUUGCAGCCUAGACGUGCUCUGGCGGGGCCAUUGGACUCUUCAGUCGUGCUGAUUAGGUAUUAUGCACUGAGAGGCCUGGAAAACCAAGCUGGGGAAAGCCUUGCUGCUGCUGCUGCUGCUGCUGCUACUACUACAAGCAACCUGAGGCUUCUUCUCUUUUUAAAAAAAGAAGGCAAAGGAACAAAAGUGGAAACUGAUUGGCCCUGGGAUCAGCUGGGUCCUGAGCCAGCACCACUGCCAGCACUUGGUGGCAUUGGGACCAAUUGUUACCCUAGCUCCAGGCAGCAAUUUGCGCACUCUGUACCUUCCACUCUAACCAGCAUGAGACACUGGGUUGUGGACGCAGUGGUGACUCCAGCAUUGUGCCACACUUCACCACUGCCCAGCCAGGGUUUCAACUGACAUAUUUUCACUAAUAGGGAGGAAUUGAUUGAUGAAGUGGAAGUGCUCAGAAACUUGGUAGGAAGUGAUCAUGUUCUCCUGGGUUUCAGGAUACAGAGGCAAGGGGAAACUGAGUGUAGUCAGACACACGCUCUGGACUUUAAGAAGGCCACUUUGAAAAGCUGAAGCAGCUACUGGGUGUGAUCCUGUGGUCAGAAUUACUCAGUGAGUCCAAGAAGGAUGGGAGUUUCUAAAAGGAGAAACAUUGAAGGCCCAAAUGAAGACAAUUCCCAUAAGAAAGAAAAGUGGGAGGCAUCUAAGGAAACUGGUGUGGCUGCAUAAGGUAACAGAGAAGAGACAGACCUACUCAACACCUACUUUGCCUCUGAUUUAACCCAAAAGGAAAGCAACGCCCAACCUGGUGAUAACAGAAUAAAUGAUGUAAGGAGGGGGCUGUAGCCCAAGACAGGAAAAAAGGUACUAAGGGAGCACUUAGCUACUUUACAUGAAUUCAGAUCUCCAGGGUCUGAUGAGCUGCAUCCAAGGGUUCUAAAGGAGCUUGUGGAUGUGGAUUUCAGAGCCUUUGUCUAUUAUUUUUGAGAAUUCUUGGAGAACAGGUGAGGUCCCUACAGGCUGGAGGCAGGCAAAUGUUGUCCCCAUCUUCAAAAAGUGGGAAAAGGAAGACCCGGGUAACUACCAAUCGGUGAGCUUGACAUCGAUACCAGGGAAGGUCCUAGAACAGAUAAUUCAACAGUCAGUCUGUGAGCAUUCAGAGAAGGAUGCUGUGAUUACUAAGACCCAGCAUGGGUUUCUCAAAAAUGCAUCAUGCCAGAUCAAUCUGAUUUCUUUUCUUUUUUUAUGGAAUUACAAACUUGGUGGAUCAGGGAAAUGCUUUGGACAUAGUGUAUCUUGAUUUCAGUAGGGCUUUUGACAAAGUCCCCCAUGAUAUUCUUACAAGGAAGCUGGAAAAAUGUGGGUUGAGUGAGGUAACUGUUAGGUGGAUUUGUAGCUCGUUGACUGACCAAACUCAAAGAGUGCAGUGGUACCUCGGGUUAAGAACUUAAUUUGUUCAGGAGGUCCAUUCUUAACCUAAAACUGUUCUUAACCUGAGGUACCACUUUAGCUAAUGCUGCCGCCUGCUACCGCUACGCCACCACCGCACGAUUUCUGUUCUCAUCCUGAAGCAAAGUUCUUAAUCUGAGGUACUAUUUAUGGGUUAGCAGAGUCUGUAACCUGAAACAUCUGUAACCCGAGGUACCACUGUACUCAUUAAUGGUUCCUCGUCAUCCUAGAAAAAAGUAACAAGUGGGGUGCUGCAAGGUUCUGUCCUGGGCCCGUUGUUGUUUAACGCCUUUAUAAAUGACUUGGAUGAAGGAAUUGAGAAGAUGUUAAUCGAAUUUGCAGAUAACACCAAACUGGGAGGAGUAAUUAAUGCAGCAGAAGACAGAAUCAGAAUUCAAAAUGACCUUAACAGAUUGGAGAACUGGGCAUAAAUCAGCAUUUCAAUAGGGAUGAAUGUAAAGUUCUGCACUUAGGCAGGAAGAACCAGAUGCACAAAUAUAGGAUGGAGGACACGUGGCUUACCAGCAGAUCAUGUAUAAAGGAUCUAGGAGUCCCUGUUCAGGGAAGUUUUUAAUAUUUAAUGCUGUACUGUUUUUAACACUUGAUUGGGAGCCACCAAGAGUGGCUGGGGAAACUCAGCCAGAUGGGCGGGGUAUAAAUAAUAAAUUAUUAUUAUAUUAGUAUUAUUAUUAUGGUGGACCACAAGCUUAACAUGAGUCAACAAUGUGAUGCAGCAGCAAAAAAAGUUAAUGCUAUUCUAGGCUGCAUCAACAGAAGUAGAGUUUCUAGCUCAAGGGAUGUAAUAGUACCACUCUGUUCUGCUUUAGUCAGACCACACUUGGAAUACUGUGUCCAAUUCUGGGCACCACAAUUUAAUAAGGAUGUUGACAAGAUGGAACGUGUGCAGAGGAGGGCAACCAAGAUGAUCAAGGGUCUGGAAACUAAGCCUUAUGAGGAGUUCUUGAAGGAGCUGGGUAUGUUUAGCCUGGAAAAGAGGAGACUGGGAGAAGAUAUGAUAGCCAUCUUCAAAUACCUUAAGGCUUUCACUUGGAGGAGGGAUCAUGCUUGUUUUCUCCUGCUCUGGAGGGCAGGAUUCAAACCAAUAGCUUCAAGUUGCAAGAAAGGAGAUUCUGACUGAACAUUCGGAAAAACCUUCUGACAGUAAGAGCUGUUCAGCAGUGGAACAGACUCCCACGAGAGGUGGUGGACCCCCCUUCCUUGGAGGUUUUAAAUGGAGGUUGGAUGGUCAUCUGUCAUGGAUGCUUUAGCUGAAAUUCCUGCAUUGCAGGGGGUUGGACUAGAUGACCCUUGGGAUCCCUUCCAACUCUAAGAUCCUAUGGUUACAAGGCAAUCUGUUCAAAAUCAAGGCAUUCUCUUCUCAUCUCACUUUCACAUGGCUCUUCUGUUGUUCUCCUUCACAAGAAACAAAAUGGCUCAGCAGUUGUUAUCUCGCCAACAUUUUGGCACUUUGAACACAGGUGCAAAAAAAGAAAAAGGAUUCAUUCAGCUCUCUGCAGUUAGCUGUGAAUCUUGGUUAAGAACUGUCUGGGUUUAAAUAAAACAUCUUCUCUGGGAUUAGCUUGCCCCCUCAUCGCUUGCUUCAGUUAAGUGAAAUCCAAUGAAAGAGGAACCCAACUGAGAGUUCAUUGCCCAGCACCAGGUAUACUCAAUACAGCUACUUCUUCACCAGUGUAAAGCCUUCUGGUACUAAUGAUCCGGGGAGGCUUUAGUUGCAAGGGGAAAGCACUCUGUUUACCUCUAUAUUGGUACCUCUGUCUAACCUUUUUCUAAUUUGCUAUCCUAUGAAGGUGCUGGAAUGAGUUACAAAAAAAGUUCACUUACACACAGAGAGGAGAAUUUUUCUUUGCAAUUCUCUGCAAUCAGCAGCAAAAGAAAAUUAGCCCCAGAAACUGUUGGGAUAACCACCAUGGAGAAAGACUGACUAAUCAAGGAAAUAGGAAGGAUUUCCCUUAGUCCAGGGUUUCCUAAACUUGGGUCUCCAGCUGCUGUUGGAAUACAAUUCCCAUCACCCCUAGUUAGAAGGGCCAGUGGUCAGGCAUGAUGGGAAUUGUAGUCCAAAAACAGCUGGAGAUCCAAGUUUGGGAAACACUGCCCUAGUCUAAGUCGCAGCAAAAUCAAUCUCCCUUCAGGUAUGUAUCCACCUGAAUCUUCAUUUAGUGGGAGUUCCUUGGGGCCGAUGGGAGUUGUAGUUCAGCAACAUCUGGAAGGCCAGAGGUUUCCCACACCUGCCCUAAGAUUUUGAUUCAUUUUGGGGAUGAACAAUGAAGUGGUCACUCAUCUCUAGAAGAGACAACAGAAAUGCACUGAUUAAUUUAUUUGGCAAUUCAUCUACAGGAGCAAUUGGUUUCGUCCAUUCAAGGAGAAUUAGCACAGAUCUGUACCUAAACUCAAAUACAUACAUACUACCGAGUAAGCAAUAUUGAAUGCAGUGGAACUUACUUAUGAUAAACUAGAGAGAGGAUUAUGCUAGGGUUUCCCAAAUUUGGGUCUCCAGCUGUUUUUUGGAUUACAAUUCCCAUCAUCCCUGAUCACUGGUCCUGCUAGCUAGGGAUGAUGGCAGCUGUAGUCCAAAAACAGCAGAAGACCCUGGAUUGUGCAGUUAGUUCUACCUUGAGGAGACCUAACCAGUUGUCCCAGAAAAACCAGUUGCCCCAGAAAUGUGUCUGACCAAAGAAAAUGGUGCACCUUUAAGGUCUCCUCUCUCUUUUUCUUUGAAAAUGUCUUGCCUAUAUUCCAUACUACAAGAUUUAUGGAACCCAAACAAUAUAGUAGUGUCUUACAGUACAAUUUUCCCAUUUAUUUUCUCAGGAGAAGUAAGACUCACUAUGUUCAGUGGUGCUUAUUCCCGGGUAAUUGUGCAUAGAAUUGUAGCAUUAGUAUUAUUUAAUGGUUAACUUGAUUGGGUUACUGCAACUCUGAUCAUCCACCUAAAACAGAUGGAUGAUACCUUGUAGCUCAGCCUAGAUAUUGCUGGACAAAACAAUUUAGUUAUAUGUUCCAGACCAUUACUGUAUACAGGCAUACAAUUUAAAAUGAGAAUACUCAGCCCUUCCUAUAUUAUCCAAAGGGGCAAGACAAAAUAUUAGUAGGCCUUUAUUAUAUAUGUUCUGAUACUAUAACAUACCAAGGGGUGUGUGUGUGUGUGUGUGUGUGUGUGUGUGUGUGCAAAAGAUACACAAGGUAUCUUUUGUCAAGCACAAGUUCAAAAUGAAUAGCAGUGUUACAGUAACUUGCAGCUGAAACGAAGAGAAAAUUGCCCCACCAAAGAAGCUACUGAAACAAAAACAGCACCCAUCACCAUUAAAAGAAUAGCAUCUGAAUCUUAGAUGGUGAUGAUUUUGUCACAUUUUUGUACUCAAGAGUCUCAGAGCAGCAGCAGGAGGAAGAAUGGAUUCAGGGUGAAGAGCUGUGAGUGGACCCUCUGGGAAACUCUGGACCUCCUGGGAAACUCUGGACCCCCUGGGAAACUCUGGACCCCCUGGGAAACUCAACAAACCUGCUGAAACUGGGUGUGGAAGGUGCAGCUGAAUGAGGAAGUAUCAGCUACCUUGAGAGUCUAGGGUGAUGCCUGCUGUUUCUAGGAAUUCUUCUCCUUAUGAGACUUUUGUAGGUGAACUGAGAAUUUGUUUGGCUUCUGAGUGAGAACCCAGAGGCUGAGGGAAGGUGUGUCAGAGGGAAAAUGAAUUGAUAUUGAUUUAGCUGCAUUAAUGUAACAUUUUUAUAUGCAGUCAAAAUAUAUAAAAAAAUUGUACAGUAGCACCUUAGAGACCAACUAAGUUUGUUCUUGGUAUAAGCUUUUGUGUGCAUGCACACUUCUUCAGAUACAGCUGUGUAAUUCUGUAAUAAUUUGUUUAAGUUGUCUGUUCCUUCAGUUUUGUUGUACGCUUCCUAGAUAUAUUUUUAAUAUAUUAAGCAGCAUAGAAAUUACAUAAUCAAUGAUCAGUCAAAUAAACUUACACAGUGAAAAUAAAAUAACAAAGAUAUUGAGCUCAGAUUAAAAACCGCAGUAAACAAAAACUUAAAAUACUCAUCCAACAAUAGGUUUAAAAGGAACAAAUUCUAACCACUCUUCUUAAAGGAUGCACAAGAAAGACCACUGACAUACCUAUCACCCUAAUUAAUAACUAAUAGAAUAUGAAUCUUCAGGUUCACUGUAGCAAUAGAUAAUGCAAAAUGUCAUCCUCUAUAUUAAGAACACACGAGUCAUGUAGGAUCACACCAUAGGUUCAUCUGGUCUACCAUUUUGUUUCCCACAGUACCUGGUCAGACGUCUCUGAGAAGUCCACAAGCAGAGCACAAAGGCAGUAGGCUUCCCCCACUCUUCUUCAUCAGAUGGUAUUCAGUGAUAUACUACUUCUGAACAUGAAGGUUCUUAGUAGCUAUAAACGCUAAUAGGUGCUGAUAAACCUAUCACCAUUCCCUCUAAUACUGAGCACAAGUAGUCCGGGCAGAUCAGUUAUGAAGUGAAAUGUCCCUGUCCAAAAUUGGCUUCUGCAUACUUUAGGGUCUGCCUGGGUAUGCAGAAGUAUAUUAAAUUAAAAUAAAAGCAACUUCUAAACAUGAAAUGUUGAGCGUAGAACCAUAGAAUGUUGAGGAUAAUUAGAUGAAAGGAAAAGAGAAAUUGGCUCGCUUGAGUGCCAAACAGUACAGUAUAGCAUCCUGGAUUCAUGGGAUGCGGGUGGCGUUGUGGGUUAAACCACAGAUCCUAGGGCUUGCUGAUCAGAAGGUCGGCAGUUCGAAUCCCCACGACGGGGUGAGCUUCCGUUGCUCAGUCCCUGCUCCUGCCAACCUAGCAGUUCGAAAGCAAGUCAAAGUGCAAGUAGAUAAAUAGGUACCGCUCCGGCGGGAAGGUAAACGGCGUUUACGUGCGCUGCUCUGGUUUGCCAAAAGCGGCUUAGUCAUGCUGGCCACAUGACCCAGAAACUGUACGCCGGCUCCCUCGGCCAAUAAAGCGAGAUGAGCUCCGCAACCCCGGAGUCGGUCACAACUGGACCUAAUGGUCAGGGGUCCCUUUACUUUACCUAUCCUGGAGGCAGGGAUUAGAAUCGAAAGGAUGCAUACUAUAAGUUUUGUUUUUUGUUUCUAAUCUUUCCUCAGGUAAUGUUUCAGUAGGCAGAAAAAAGAAAAGAAACACACACACACCCUUAUCACUCACUAAAAACUUUCCCCAAUCUACUAUACAGCAAUAAAUGUUUGAGGUUCAGGGCUGGUAGCCAGCACCCCCCACCCACCCAACAGAGCCUGUUAGUGCCAUAUUUCGCAGUGGGAUAAGUCUUUAGUUGGACUGGAAAGUCAAAAGGUAUGUUUCCCCCCCUUCCUCUCUUUAAAUACCCUCCCCUCCACAAGUAAAGCAAAGCUACUGUUCAAGGCUGCUUGGCAUCCAGAAAAGAGGUGCUCCUGUAAUUGAGGAAUACACUUCAACAUGUGGUUGGGAGUCCCCCAUAAAUUUGUCCCAGGCAAGGCAUAGGCAAGCACCUAAAAACCAGACCUCUUUUAAUGGAGAAAUCCAUAAUGCAUCACGCAUGAUUGUUUCCGGAUUUUAAGCACAAAAUAUAUGAAUCCUCAGAGCACAGUGAAGGGAAGGUCCAUGCUGCAAGUGAAUACUAAAUAUAAUGUAUUGGCCCAUGUGUGGUAUUGGACUUCUACCAUAAAACCCAAGAGAAACAGUUCCAACAGGUGUCAGGGAUCUGAUUGUCCUCAGGCACAGGGCCAGAUAAGACCUUUAAAAGCACUGAAAAAAAUCAUGAUCCCCUCUCUCAUAUGUAACUGAAAAUAAUAGUAAAAAAACUGAACUGUAAAAUGUAUUUUAAAAAAUGAGAAAAUAUAGAUUUAUUGCAACAUAUGGCAGGAUCUGAUUUCCUUGCUUUUCUUUUUUCUUUUACCUGUGUUAGUAGAAUAUUCUGUUUUAUGUAGGAGUAAAUAAUAAUAAUAAUAAUAAUAAUAAUAAUAAUAAUAAUAAUUCUAUUAUUUAUACCCCAUCCAUCUGGCUGGAUUGCCCCAGUAAUAAAAAGAGUACAUAAAAAUUGGAGAAGCGUGUGUAGUUUAAGGUAGUGUGUAGUAGUGGAGUGUAAGAAAGUCUAACAAAGUUCUGAUUGUUCCCUUGAUGUCUACAUCAGUUCCUUUUUUGAAAUCUCAUUUGGCCCAGCACUACACAGGAGAAUGCUGACAGUUACCUAAAUGUGAUUGCCAAUUCGCCACCAGUUUUGGAAACAAGAAGCUUAGCUUGGAUAUUCAAAAACCGGAUCUUGAAUUCUCACAUUCAACCUUCGAAAAGCAUUAUGUAAACACAGUUAAUGAGGAUUAUUGACCCCUUUGAGACCAAUUCAUAAGCAAGCAUAGUUAAACUAUUCUCCUAAAAUGAUGGAAUAUUAUAUAAUUAGAUGUUUACUAGUCCAUAUCAGGUCCUGCCAUGCUCCUGAUAACAUCUUCUGAAGCACGCCCAGGUCCAAAUGCCUUUCUCCAGAUGCCCAUUGGUUGCUGUCUCUCUAAAUAACUUAAGUAUCUGAAAGAGUAUCUUUCCAGGACUGCCCCACCCAAUCACUAAAGGCUAGGCAUCUUCUUUGAAUGCAGGAGGGAACUAGGUUCAAUUCCCAGCAUCUCCAAGUAGAACUGGGAAUGUUCCUUGUCUGAAACCCUGAACAGUCAGUGUAGACCAUACUGAGCUAGAUGACCAGCAAACAUGAGUUGAUAUAAGGCAAUUUUUUUGGUGCUCUUUUUAAAGACGAGCUGAGGUUGUCCUACUUGCUGUCCUGCCGGUAGCUUUUGCUUGUCAGAUAGUGACAUGGGACAGGGCAUUCUUUAGAUGAUGGGAUGCCUCCCAAUUUCUGUUUAGUUGUGACCACUUGCACUGCUGAAAGUUUUUAUUCUUCUAGGCCUUUGAGAAUGUAAUCCCCAUCCCAUCAACCUUGCUGCUGUUUUAUUAUGGUUUGUUACAUCAUUGCUGUAUUUGGUAUUGUUAUAAUUCUGUCUCUGAUAGCUGCCCUUGGCUCCCUUUGGAAGGAAGGUUCAGGUAUACAUCUCUUGAAAUAGGAAAUAACAAUUAAGCCCCAUUACUAGACUGCUGCUUUGGUGACAACAUCUCCAUGUCUCUCUUGGCUCCUCCCCAUCCUAACUUUCUGUGACUGCUGUGGCAGCCGAGCUGGAGAGUGGGGCAUAUCCCUUCCCUGCUGGCACCAGCAUAUAUGAGACCAGAAGGGAAGGAGAGACUCUCUCACUGCCUCCCCCACCUGCAGCUAGGUAUGGGGUAGAGGGAAGGGGAGGCCUCUGUUGCCAAAGCAUGACUUAAACUCCUUGGUACGUGGAAUUUGCUUGUUUCAGCAUUUCAGGUAUCUGGGAAAGAAAGACCUUCAGUCUCUGCCACUGCAGCCAGGGAGCCCAGAGUUCUUCUCUGGCUCAGGUAACAAUCCGAGCCAGAAAGGAACUAUGAGGUCAUACUGCUCACCUCAGAAUGGAGGCGAGCAUUGCAAGUUGCUGAGAUUCACAUUCUGAACCAUGAAAUUACAGGCAUUGGUCACACUUCACUGUUAAUGGGGUAUUUUAUUCCAUUCCAUAUUUUGAUUCAUAUUCUGGCAUUUGAGUAUUGCAGGAGCCUUUCAGGUAACAGUUGCAUAUCAAGGUGAGUGCAUGUUAUUUAUUGUAUUUAUUUGCAGCAAAUCUUUUGCCUUUAACCAUGAAGCUUGAUAAACAGAAUUCCAUAUUCUUCUGACCGAAGUGAAACCAAUUCCCACCAGAAAGUUAUCUUUAGACAGUGAGGCGUAUUUCCCUUCUAUUCAAGCCUUACAAUAGGGAGAUUCUCCUCCACCCUACACACACACACACACUGCACAAUUUGAUCGUGGAAACCGAUCUCCCAAACAUCACUAAAAACCUAAUUUGUUUGAAUAGGAGCAUCAGGAGAGCCUUUUUAUUAUCAAAAAGCAUUUGCUCAUUCAGACAUUUGGGUAAAUAGGAGUGAUAUUUGCACAGGAUUAUGCCAACUUGCAUAUAUAUACUUUGUGUAUAUUGUGAAUCUGGAUAACUAGGACAUUUAGAUAAGAGAGGUAUGGAUAAUUGAUCUUCUGCUCUAAUUGCCCAUCAGUUUAGCUUAGCAUCAGGGCACCAUGCAGUGCACAAGCUGCCGUGGGCAUUAUUGUGGAGACAGGCGCCACAGACAAUGGAUGGUCAGCCAUUAUAAAAAUUGUGUCUUCAAACAAGCCAACAUCAGAAUAGGAAAAUCCAGGUUUAGACAGCUUGUUUUUAAAUGGACAUGAAGCUCAAGGGAUUUACUCAGGAAAACUUGGGUGUCUUUAAAAGAGGACGGAGAAUAAAGCUUUGUUGUUUAAAGCCAUAGGAUCCCACAAUAUAGAUACAACACACGAACAAUCAUUUGGACAUAGUUAUCACAAGAAAACAGAAAAAUAAAACUCCUUCCCCUGACACAUACAAUGUAAAUCACACAUUGCUCCUCCACAAUAAGUUAAAAAGGCAUUAAAACAAAACAGAAGCACAUCCUGCCCCCUCAGGGUUUUUUGGAACCUAGUUCUUAUUUUCUUAGCUCUGAAAGCAAUUAUUACCGGUAAUAAUAACAACAACAAUAAUAAUUUAUUAUUUCUACCCCACCCAUCUGGCUGGGUUUCCCCAGCCACUCUGGGCGGCUUCCAACAGAAGCUUAAAAAUACAUUAAAACAUCAGUUUGUUUAUGCUACUUUGAUGGCAAUGGUCCAGGGUGAAUCUGUUUGACAGGGGCUGGAAGACUCAUGUAAGAAGCUUGUGCCUAGGGUGCUCAUAUAAGGGGCAACUUAACAGGUUCUUCAGCUUUUCCUGACUCACAGAGGAUUCGAUAAAUUCAUGGAGGAUCAAACUGUUAGUUGCUACUAGCCAUGAUGAGUAUGUUCUACCUCCACUGUCUCUAAAUGUCAGUUGUUGGAAACUACAUGGUUUGUGUGUGUGUGUGUGUGUGUGUGUGUGUGUGUGGCUGUUGUGUUCAGGAUUUGCUUUGGGGCUUCCUGGAAGCAUCUAAUUGGCCACUGUGAGAAUAGGAUGCUGGAUUAGAUGGGCCAUUAGCAUGAUGCAGCAGGGCUCUGUGUAUAUUCCUUAAAAGUUUAUGCAUUCUCCAAAAUUAAACAGGCUCCCCAUGCAGGCUGGGGGGGAGUGGUGCGAUUGUAGCCAAUGGAAGACUGCAAAUGAAUGAGUAGCAGAGACAGUGGCAAAGAGAUGGGCCCAUUUUUUGAGGGGCACACUGAGGGGGUUGAAAGCUUCCUGCCCCUGAAUGAGAGCAGCAAGUGGAAAAUAGCUACAUUUUUAAAACCUCCUUUCGACUCAGCCCAUCUGGAGAAGGCAUUUCUACAACUGACAGGGAACGUUGCUGUGCAGUGCAAGGCAAUGGGGACAUCUAGUGGCCAACGACAUCUGGGCGUUGCCCAAGGGAGCGUGUCAACCAGUGUGCCCAAGGCAAUAUUUCCUUCUUAAUUCUACCAGACUUGAAAUAAAAUGCACAUUGGCUUCCUGCCACAUGUGGCACACUCUCACUUUCUCCCUCUCUGCAUCUUUAGUUGAUUGCAGAGAGGCUCUUUUGAUGGAUGGAGAAAAGCCAUCUGAUUAGAAAGGAUUUUUUUUUUAUUGAGUCAAGAUCAAAACUGUAUAACACAGAUGAGAUUCUUUAUGUGCUGCAGACUAGCAAAGCCUUUGUAAGGGUGCUUGAUAAUAUAUUGUCCUCUUGUCAGUAUUGCUUAGCAGAUGCCAGUACCCUUGACGUAAGAAGUGGAGGAAAGCAUUGUGGUGCUGCUUGGGGACUGGAGGGCACAGGGGUGGGGGGUUUUGGGUUUUUUUUUGAGGGGGUGGACUUUUUGUUCAUCAGUUUCUAUUUGGUCUUUGGUGUAUGAAGAUGGCACAAUCUAGUGUCCCCCUCCUAUCGGCUGAUUCUAUCCAUCCUUGCUUGCAAGUAAUUGCAUGAUUUACACCCAAGUAAAUGUUCAUAGAGUUAUAGCCCUGUUGCAAGAGGCUAAUAGCCCAGAUCUCAUUAGUGUUCAAGAGGGUGUAUUCCUAUGUGCACAGGAUUGCAGUGAUAACCUGCAAAUCAAUGAAGUUGCAAUCCUAUCCCUUCAUACUAAGGAGUCACUCCUAUUGAACUAAGUAGGACAAGGCACACAUUGGAACAGGUUGUCAUCCUGUCCAGUCUUACUUGAAAGUCAGUCUCACAGAGACUCAUUUCCAUGUAAAGAUGAGCUGCACAGCUGCUGUGCUCUGUAUAAGUCUCUGGGAGUCCCAUUAAAUUCAGUGGGACUUCCUGUGCGCCUUACACAGAUGUUUCUAUCUUAUUCAGAAGAAUCGGGUUUCUCAGGCCUGCCUACAAAUGAGCAACAAUGUGCUGCAUGGUGGAGCGCUCCUGUUCUAGCCUGCCAGCCCUGUCCUUUUUUAGGCAGGGAUGCUGCAGAAUUCUGAUGGAAUUGGGAGCAGAAAUCACCACAAUUUGCUAUCAUUGGCCAUCUUAGCCCGCAACAUUGCAUAAUUACACUAUUUUCACUCUUUCUUGCGCAGGGGCGGGGGGAAAUGUUUCCCUUCUAUUAAAAUACACUGAAUUUAAUUACGUAACCAAUUACAUAAUUAAUUGUGUUCAUUUCAGCCAUAGCAGAUAACGAGAUGAAUACUGUAGAAGCCAAAAUGUAGCAGAACAGAAACAGCACCAGUUGUGGUGGAAACAGGAAAUUGCUGCCUCCUUACAUCCCUGCUUCUAGGACAUUCAAUUUCAUUCCCCUGCCACCUCCAUUUUUUUGCUUUCCCCCAUCACAGACAUGCAACACGGCCACUUAACAUUCUCUGUCUUCACUCAGGGCCCACCCAUGAGGCAAGGUGAGGCAACCCCUCAGGUGGCAGAAUCCACAGGGGCAGCAGGUCCUGCUCUCAAUCUUGUUUCUGGUGUAGAUCUUUCCUCACCCUUUCUUCCCUGGUGGGAAAGGGGGCACUAUUUUGGGGUCUGCCUCAGGUGCCAAAAUGUCUUGGACCGGCCCUGUCCUCACUGGCCUGUUUUUUAAGUGGGUUCCCCGCCCCACCCCGGUGGCCAUUUUUGCCCUGAAAUACUCAUUGUACUUCUGCAAACCUUGGGGUUUCUCUGAGCCUGCUGAUAUUUAUUGAUUACUUAAUCAUAUUCACAAGCCCACCCUUCACUGUAUUGAUCCCAGAGUGGAUUACAACACACUGGACCAGAAGCAAGCAGGCCAACACCACAUUGAAAAGCACUUCAAAACAUAGGUGGCAAUUCUAAAAGUGUAGGCAGGGCACUGACAGUAACUGGUGGACCAAACCAGUGGUGUAUUCAGGAUACCCUGUUAAAGGGGUCUGGGUGGAAGACUCUGUCCAGAAGCUGAGUAUGGGGCAGGCCAGCCACAGAGCUUCCAGUGGCGGCCUUAGGCUGGCCACCUCAGUAGAUUGGCAUCUUGAGGAUGCCUUAAUCUUUGGUACAACACUGAAAACAUUUCAGCCCUCUGCCGGGGGCUGAAGUUGGAUAUAUUCCCAGUGCAAAAUCCACCUACCGUAUUUUUUGCUCCAUAGGGCAAACCUGACCAUAGGGCGCACCUAGUUUUUAGAGGAGGAAAACAUGAAAAAAAUUAUUCUGAAUCAAAUGUUGUACUAAACUAUUUAAAGCAGCAAAGCGGGUGGCUCCUGUCCGCUUUGCUGCUUUAAAGCGAGCCUCAGAGGAGGGAAGGAAGGGGAACCAUGGCUUAUCUAAGUCCAGUUAAUAAUGCUGAGCCUGAUUUUAUAUGCAUCUCAAAGCCCUUGACAUAUAUACAUUAUAAUGACAAGCCGAGAUAGGCCUCCUGCAUAGGAGGAGAGGAGAAGAAGAGAGGGAGCCAUCAUAGCUCAAUGGGGAGAGCAUGGAGAAGAUCCCAAGUUCAGUCCUUGAAAGCUUCUCCGGGUAGGGCUGAGGGUGUGUCUCCUGAAACCCAGGUGAGCCUCUGCCCAUCAGUGAAGACAAAACUGAGCUCAGUGGGCUCAGGGGUCCUGACGUGGUACAGGGAAGGUCCCUCUGUUCCUGUUUAAAUUAGCCCUUUCUUCAGAACCAUGGGGACUACAAUCUUAGUUUGUUUUUAAAGGGAACAGCUGUAACCUCAGUGGCUUUGCAUGCAGAACACCACACGUUCAAUCCCCGGCUUCUCCAGGCCUGAAACUCUGGCAAACUGCUACCAGUCAGUGUUGACAUUACUAAGCUAGAUGGAGUAGUGGAUCCAACUCCUUAUAAGGCAGCUUCCUAGGUUCCCAUUUAUGCUUCAGAUCUGGACGUGAGGCCUGCUGUCACUUUUAGUGUCAAGAGGGUGGUUCUUUGCACAUCUGGAAGAUGACUGUGUCACCUCCCAUCACCCUAUUGAAGGUGCUUUUACAGCUCAGGGGAAAGGGCAGGCAGACACAGCAUCUGUAAACUGUAGCAUCCUGAAUUAAGGGAGGGAGGGGAAAGAGCUGAUCUUCAGCUUGAAACCAGGACUUGCUCUUUAACCAUGCUGCUCCUCCAGCUGCCAAUGCCAUCCAUGUAACCUGUGUGAAUAUCAAGUGUGGGUUGUGUCCAGGAACCUGGGAGGAUUUCUUUCACACGAGUGCAUGUUUUUGUCUUUAAAUAAACAGCCCAUGCAAGUUUCCAGCUCUUAUGGCCAUGCCUGUCUGUCUCAGUGGAAAUCUGAGGAGGCUGAGGUGGACUUUCCAGUGGUCAAAGUCUUCUUGCCCGGCAUCUAUUUCCUGCCCUCUUUCCCCACUGAACUCCCGCACCCUGCUUCAAAGCAAGCUACGGAGGGAUUCCUCUGCUUUGAAGCAGGAAAGUGGGAGAGGAGCUGCUUACACGAGUGUAAGCUGCUCCCCUCCCACUUUCCUGCUUCAAAGGGAGCCCGGGAGGAGGGAAUCCGCUGCAGCCUCGAGCAGCGAGGAGGAUCCAUGGGUCCCUCCUUCCCUCCUCCGUGGUUGCUUUGAAGCAGGAAAGUGGGAGAGGAGCUGCUUACACGAGUGUAAGCUGCUCCCCUCCCACUUUCCUGCUUCAAAGCGAGCCACGGAGGAGGGAGGGACCAACGGAAUCCCCUUCCCUCCCUCCUUCCCGGCUCAGCUCAGCAGCCGCGGCUUUUGCUGGCUUUACAAUGAGCCGGAAGGAGGUACAGACGGCAGUCCCUCCUCCCGCCUCCCUGUAAACCCAGCCAGAGCCGCAGACACACUCUAUGCAGCUCUUGCUUUAAAGGGAGAGCUGCGCAGAGCUUGUCGGCAGCAGCGGCUCUUGCUGGCUUCGCUCCAUAAGACGCACAGACAUUUCCCCUUACUUUUUAAGGGGGAAAAGUGCGUCCAAUGGAGCGAAAAAUACGGUACAUCUGGAAUCAAUAAAGUCGUGGCCAUUUUUGACCCAAAUUGUUGUCUACUUGAGUUUAUUCAUUGCACAUUAGCUGGAGACACUGCACAGGUGUGGGGAUGCUGUGACUGGGACUGCAGUAACUACCAUUUCUUUCUGACAUAUUGUUUCUCAGUGAGCCUGUUAUGGCCAGCAUCCCAUCAGCACUCACCAAGUGAGUUUGCUAUUAGAGAGAGUGAUUGAACUGAGACCGCCAGUACAGACGAAAGGGUCAGUUUGCACAUAGGGUUAAAGCUUCAAUAAUCAUUUUUAAAAGGGAUGUAAAGCUCUGAGACUGGACAUCUUCAAGGACAACCAAGAAGCUGGAGCACCACUGAGCGCUUGAACUUCUCUGAAUUUUGCCUCUUGUUCUUGCAUGAUCUCUGGAUGCUAUACAAUGCCAAUGAGUGUUAUUCCUAAACAUAGUCCUAACCUAGAAUCCCAUGCAGGCUCACCCCAAUCCAGAGAGCUUCUUUGGGUGCGUAUUUCCAAAGUGUAGGUUAUCUCCUGGGUUGAUGUAUGGUGUUUUCCCUUGUCCCUGACAGGUUGUUUAUAAGAAUAACGACAUCCGUCUGGAGCUGUCUCGCUUGGCGAGGAUUGGUGACACAAAAAUGAAAAUCUAUGGGGAGGUGAAGUUCAUGUGUGAGAACGUGGCCACACUGGACCCCAUCAAUUUUGAGACACCUGAGGCCUACAUUAGCCUGCCUAAGUGGAACACCAAGCGCAUGGGGUCCAUCUCCUUUGACUUCCGCACCACAGAGCCAAAUGGUCUUAUACUCUUUACCCACGGCAAGCCCCAGGAGAGGAAGGAUUCCAGGAGCCAGAAGAACACCAAAGUGGACUUCUUUGCAGUGGAACUCUUGGAUGGGAACCUCUACCUACUUCUCGACAUGGGCUCUGGAACGGUCAAAGUGAAGGCCACUCAGAGGAAAGCUAAUGAUGGAGAAUGGUAUCACGUUGAUAUUCAGAGAGAUGGCAGAUCAGGUAUGUAGAAAAAAAUUCCUGGAAAUAGUCCACUCCCAACUAUAGAAACACAGACCCUUUACAAUGGUUGAAGAACAGAGUCAAAGACUGGUCUUUGACCUUUGAGAAUUCUUGGAGACCAGAGACUGAAAAAUACUGUCUCUGCCUUCGGGAAGGAUGAAAGGCAAAUUUGGGGAACUGCCGGCUGGUCAGCCUGAUAACAAUACAUAGCCAUUCCCCUUCUAGGGCAGUAACCCUGGACAUGACAAUUCCUUUGAUUCCUGGCACCUGGGAUGCUGCUAUGACUCCAUCACUAGAGCCUCUUCCGAGUGCAGAAGUGAAGGAUGUGUGGCAGGGAGACCAGAGAUUGUCAAACCUGAUUGCUAAUUGUGCUGAACUUUAGAGGAGUUUGAGUCCAGUUUGGAAGGGGUGCCAGGAUAUUCAGCAUUGGGGGUGUGCUAAUUUCUGAACCGUGAAAUUCUGAACCUAGCCAUCAUCGCUACUAUGCCAGGCGAGAGUUGCCACCAAAGUUCCUCCUAAUGUGAAAUUCAAAUCAAACACAUGUUUUCCCCAGCAUGGAGCAUCUGGGGAAUCUCAAGGGAAGCGGGAAUAAAUAAAUCUAGUAUAAUUUCACAAGAGAAUUUUGGAAAUCCUUAUACUGCCAUCAGAUUUAAUUUGCAACAAAAUCCAGGUAGAAUGUCAAGGUUCCUUCUAAGAUGAAAUCCACCCCUGGGAUUUUGAGAAAAGCAAUAACAAAGGUUAUUGUUAAAAAGCUGGGGGUGGGAGGGAUGUUACAAAUUCCUAGGGCAGGCAUUCAAUUCCUUGAAAUGUACUACGAGACGUUUAAAUAUUUGCUGUUAAAUUCAUUGUGGAGAUUCUAUUUUUUGUACUCCCUUAUGUCAUUCCAGCUUCCAAGUUUUUCUUUUUUAAAUCCACACUGCAUUUGGGAAUCAUAUAUAGAGGGAGACUGGAUGUGGGAUGAAUGGUGCUGGAAUUUGAUGUUUCUGCUUUUUCAAAACAACGUACCUUCAGUAGAUAGUACAGAAUUCUCUAGUUUACUUAGGUAUUAUUUUUUUAGCCAGAAAAAUAUUCUCAGAGGUCUAGGAGAAAUUUGUAUUUUCUUCUUCAACCCUACUAUAGUUUAAGGUUAGCAGGUUUGCAACAGCUGUGCUUGUUGUUGAGAAAUUCCAGCAUUUUAUGGGGAUGUAAAUAAGUAAUCAAAUAAUUGAUUUUUGUGUGGGGCAGGUUGGUUUGCAUUUAAUUAACUUGCGAGGAUAAAUUCAAUCAGCAGCAUUCAUUGCUUCUUAGUCUUGCUUACAUAUACGGCAGAUAUCUGGCCUCUGGGUAGCAACAUUUAGCAUUAGAAAUAUAAAAGGAACAAGCAGAAUCCAACCCAAGCUGAACAUUUUGUAGUGCAAUUCUAUACAUGUCUACUCAGAUGUAAGCCACAUGGGGUUCAGUUAGUGAUUAUAUGAUUGUAUUCAUUAAGCCCCAUUUAUGUGAAGCAUGUGUGCUCACAAGCUUUGCUAUUUUCUAUGGAAAUCAACGGGACAAUAAUGCUGUAUUGUGGGUGGCUUAGAAAGUGCAGAAUCCAACCAUAGUUCAGCACUUCAAAGUGCAGGUGAUUUUAGUGGGACAGAGCUACUUUUGUGCUGAAUUUUCCUGCUUCAACAAUAUUACUCCGAUUUUAAUAGAAGGAGAUCCUGUAGUUUUAUGGUCUCUUUAGAGGAAGACGCUUGUCCCAUCCAUUUCAAUGGGGCAAUCUCCAAAUGGUAAUGCCCAUGAAAAAAGGUCAGCGGGUGGGUGGCAGCUAAGGUGGGAAGACCCCAAUCCAGUGCUGCUGCUGCUGGUCUGUAGACCAGAAAUUCAGUUCCCCUAUCCCUAGAGUUUCCAGAAACUGAAAUCUGGACCUUCAGCAUACAGAUCAAUAUGGUCUCUAACCAAGCUAUGGAUCCCUCUUCCUUAGUAUUCUUUCUGCCCUCACUGUAAUUUGAAAAACUACAGGAUGCAUUAUUUUCGUAUACAUGAGUGGGCUUAAAUUUGUGGGCCAGGUGUGCACCAGUGCUUUGUGAUGCAGUUACUUCACAUUAAUCUUUGAGAUCUGCACUGUGCACCGUAUCAAGGUGUGUACUGUCUUGAGUUCCAGCAUGAGCCUAAGAGAGAACACUUGCUCUUCCUCCCAAAUCUUCCUGCACCAGACUGCCAGAUUGUUGAUGUAGGACUUCCAAGGCUAUGUGCAAAAAUAGCCAUUUCAGGUUCCUGCAUCAUUGCAGAGGAUUGGGUUGGACGUCCUUCAUUUGUCUUCCAACCUAUCAGUUUUAUUAUUCUGUGCCUCUGCUGUCUGACAGGCUUAGCAGAGGGCAGCAAAGCAUUUCAGGACAAGUUUUCUGUGUCAGUUGUGUUUUGUCUCAGCUGACAUCUUCACUCUCCUGUGCCAAAACCCCAUCCUUUCACCAGGAUUCAAACUGCCACGGGAACUUGACUUGUGCCACAACUGUGGCUGCUGGCUGACGUUAUCUCUUUCUUUCAGGCACCAUAUCGGUGAACAGCAGACGGACACCCUUCACUGCUAGCGGGGAGAGUGAGAUCUUGGAUCUGGAAGGGGACAUGUAUCUGGGCGGACUGCCUGAAAACCGGGCAGGCCUCGUCCUCCCUACUGAGCUCUGGACAGCCAUGUUGAACUAUGGCUAUGUGGGCUGCAUCCGAGAUCUCUUCAUCGAUGGGCGGAGCAAGAACAUCCGGCAGCUGGCGGAACAGCAGAACGCUGCUGGGGUCAAAUCAUCCUGCAGUCGGCACAACACCAAGCAGUGCGACAGCUAUCCCUGUAAGAACAAUGCGGUUUGCAAAGAUGGCUGGAACCGCUUCAUCUGUGACUGCACUGGCACUGGCUACUGGGGGAGAACGUGUGAGCGGGGUAAGUCCAGCAACCAGAGAGGGGAACUUCUGUCCUGAGCUAUACUGAGCCAUGCUACGUGGCACACUAACUUAGCCCAAAUGCACUUUCCCCUACAGUCCUGCCACAUAUGAAAACAGUGGUUCAGACUAACCCUUAUAGCCUCCAAUGCGUAGCCAUUCUUUUAAAGAUCCUUUCCAGUGGUAUGCCCUGCACAUGUAGCGGGACAUUCAGGGUGUGCAUGAAGUCUACCAGCUAUUGCAUGUAUGACCUCUAGUUCUCAUGAUCCUUCUGAUAGAUACCUUCUGAAGGAAAAGGAUUGUGGGAGUUUCACGACUCCAGUCCAUCCCAGCGAACACAGGAUGUCUGGGAUGAUGGGAAUUGGGGUUCUGCAAUAUCUGGAGGGCACCAUGCUAUUGACAAUGAUAAACAGUUCCAUGAUGGUAUUUGCAGGAUCAUGGUUUGCUACAUGCACA